AUGGCCAAGCAUGCACAGAAUCCAGAACAGGUUUGUGAGAAAAGUUAGCUAUGCCUGGAAUUAAGACUGUGGUCUGCAUUCACAUAGGUUCUACCCUGCAUUCACAUAGGGUGAACCCAAGAUUCAUAGAGGCUGUACCUUUCAUUACACUGUUUGUAAUCUGUAUUCACAUAGGUUGUGCUCUGGAUUUAUUUAAGCUGUUCAAUUCAUUCACACGGUACUUGCACCUCAUUCACAUAGGUUGUGCUCUGGAUUCAUAUAAGCUGUACCAUUCAUUCACACAGUUUGUACCCCACAUUCACACAGAAUGUGCUCUGGAUUCAUGUAAGCUGUACAAUUUAUUCACACGGUUUGUACUCUGCAUUCACAUAGGUUGUGCUCUGGAUUCAUAUAAGCUGUACCAUUCAUUCACACAGUUUGUACCCCACAUUCACACAGAAUGUGCUCUGGAUUCAUGUAAGCUGUACAAUUUAUUCACACGGUUUGUACUCUGCAUUCACAUAGGUUGUGCUCUGGAUUCAUAUAAGCUGUACCAUUCAUUCACACAGUUUGUACCCCACAUUCACACAGAAUGUGCUCUGGAUUCAUGUAAGCUGUACAAUUUAUUCACACGGUUUGUACUCUGCAUUCACAUAGGUUGUGCUCUGGAUUCAUAUAAGCUGUACCAUUCAUUCACACAGUUUGUACCCCACAUUCACACAGAAUGUGCUCUGGAUUCAUGUAAGCUGUAUCAUUCAUUCACACAGUCUGUACCCAGCAUUCACACAGAGUAUGCUCUGGAUUCAUGUAAGCUUUACCAUUCAUUCUCACAGUUUGUACCCCACAUUCACAGAGAGUGUGCCCUGGAUUAAUAUAAGCUGUACCAUUCAUUCACACUGUUUGUAAUCUGUAUUCACAUAGGUUGUGCCGUGGAUUUAUAUAAGCUGUACCAUUAUUUUACAUUGUUUGUACCCCACACUCACACAGAGUGUGCUCUGGGUUUAUAUAAGCUGUACCAUACAUUCACACAGUUCGUAAUCUGUAUUCACAUAGGUUGUGCUCUGGAUUCAUAUAGGCUGUAUCCUUUAUUCACAGAGCCUGCCCCAUGCAUUCACAAAUAUGUGCCCAGGAUUCAUACAGCCCCUACAAUGCAUUCAUAUAAGCUUUACCCUAAUUCCAUAAACUGUAACCUACAUUCGCAUAGGUUGCAUCCUACAUUUACAUAAUAUGUGCCCUAUAUUUAUGGACUGUACCCUGCAUGUGUGUAGCUUCUCCUCUAUUGAUUUAAGCUGCACCCAACAGACACUGCAUGUACCCUGCAUUCCGAUAUCCUGCACUCACACAGACUGUAUCGUGCAUUAUAUAGACUGUAUCCUGUAUUUAUUCAGUCAGUACACUGUAUUAUAUGGACUGUAUCCUGCAUUAUACAGACCGUAUUCGGUAUUCCUCUAUCCUGUAUUAAAUAGACUGUAUCACUGUAUUCCUCUAUCCUGCAUUAUAUAGACUGUAUCACUGUAUCCCUCUAUCCUGUAUUAUACAGACUGUAUCAAUGUAUUCCUCUAUCCUGUAUUAUACAGACUGUAACACUGUAUCCCUCUAUCCUGUAUCAAUGUAUUCCUCUAUCCUGUAUUAUAUAGACAGUAACACUAUACUCCUCUAUCCUGUAUUAUACAGACUGUAACACUGUAUCCCUCUAUCCUGCAUCAAUGUAUUCCUCUAUCCUGUGUUAUACAGACUGUAUCGCUAUAUUCCUCUACCCUGUAUUAUAUAGACUGUAUUAAUAUAUUCCUCUAUCCUGUGUUAUAUAGACUGUAUCACUAUAUUCCUCUAUCCUGUAUCAAUGUAUUCCUGUAUCCUGUAUAAUAUAGACAGUAACACUAUACUCCUCUAUCCUGCAUUUUACAGACUGUAACACUGUAUCCCUCUAUCCUGUAUCAAUGUAUCCCUCUAUCCUGUAUUAUAGACUGUAACACUGUAUCCCUCUAUCCUGUAUUAUACAGACUGUAACACUGUAACACUCUAUCCUGUAUUAUAGACUGUAACACUGUAUCCCUCUAUCCUGUAUGAUACAGACUGUAUCCCUCUAUCCUGUAUUAUACAGACUGUAACACUGUAACACUCUAUCCUGUAUUAUAGACUGUAACACUGUAUCCCUCUAUCCUGUAUUAUACAGACUGUAACACUGUAUCCCUCUAUCCUGUAUUAUACAGACUGUAACACUGUAACACUCUAUCCUGUAUUAUAGACUGUAACACUGUAUCCCUCUAUCCUGUAUUAUACAGACUGUAUCCCUCUAUCCUGUAUUAUACAGACUGUAACACUGUAUCCCUCUAUCCUGUAUUAUACAGACUGUAUCCCUCUAUCCUGUAUUACACAGACUGUAACACUGUAUCCCUCUAUCCUGUAUUAUACAGACUGUAACACUGUAUCCCUCUAUCCUGUAUUAUACAGACUGUAACACUGUAACACUCUAUCCUGUAUUAUACAGACUGUAACACUGUAUCCCUCUAUCCUCUGUUAUACAGACUGUAUCACUGUAUCCCUCUAUCCUGUAUUAUACAGACUGUAACACUGUAUCCCUCUAUCCUGUAUUAUACAGACUGUAUCCCUCUAUCCUGUGUUAUACAGACUGUAUCACUGUAUCCCUCUAUCCUGUAUUAUACAGACUGUAACACUGUAUCCCUCUAUCCUGUGUUAUACAGACUGUAUCACUGUAUCCCUCUAUCCUGUAUUAUACAGACUGUAUCCCUCUAUCCUGUAUUAUACAGCCUGUAACACUGUAUCCCUCUAUCCUGUAUUAUACAGACUGUAACACUGUAUCCCUCUAUCCUGUAUUAUACAGACUGUAUCACUGUAUCCCUCUAUCCUGUAUUAUACAGACUGUAACACUGUAUCCCUCUAUCCUGUAUUAUACAGACUGUAUCACUGUAUCCCUCUAUCCUGUAUUAUAGAGACUGUAUCCCUCUAUCCUGUAUAAACAGACUGUAUCACUGUAUCCCUCUAUCCUGUAUUAUACAGACUGUAUCCCUCUACCCUGUAUUAUACAGACUGUAUCACUGUAUCCCUCUAUCCUGUAUUAUACAGACUGUAGCACUGUAUCCCUCUAUCCUGUAUUAUACAGACUGUAUCACUGUAUCCCUCUAUCCUGUAUUAUACAGACUGUAUCCCUCUAUCCUGUAUAAACAGACUGUAUCACUGUAUCCCUCUAUCCUGUAUUAUACUGACUGUAUCCCUCUAUCCUGUAUUAUACAGACUGUAUCACUGUAUCCCUCUAUCCUGUAUUAUACAGACUGUAACACUGUAUCCCUCUAUCCUGUAUGAUACAGACUGUAUCACUGUAUCCCUCUAUCCUGUAUUAUAGAGACUGUAUCCCUCUAUCCUGUAUUAUACAGACUGUAACACUGUAUCCCUCUAUCCUGUAUUAUACAGACUGUAUCCCUCUAUCCUGUAUUAUACAGACUGUAACACUGUAUCCCUCUAUCCUGGAUUAUACAGACUGUAUCACUGUAUCCCUCUAUCCUGUGUUAUACAGACUGUAACACUGUAUCCCUCUAUCCUGUAUCAAUGUAUCCCUCUAUCCUGUAUUAUACAGACUGUAACACUGUAUCCCUCUAUCCUGUAUUAUACAGACUGUAACACUGUAUCCCUCUAUCCUGCAUAUUACAGACUGUAACACUGUAUCCAUCUAUCCUGUAUUAUACAGACUGUAACACUGUAUCCCUCUAUCCUGUAUUAUACAGACUGUAACACUGUAUCCCUCUAUCCUGUAUGAUACAGACUGUAACACUGUAUCCCUCUAUCCUGUAUUAUACAGACUGUAUCACUGUAUCCCUCUAUCCUGUAUUAUACAGACUGUAACACUGUAUCCCUCUAUCCUGUAUUAUACAGACUGUAUCACUGUAUCCCUCUAUCCUGUAUUAUACAGACUGUAUCCCUCUAUCCUGUAUUAUACAGACUGUAACACUGUAUCCCUCUAUCCUGUAUUAUACAGACUGUAUCACUGUAGCCCUCUAUCCUGUAUUAUACAGACUGUAUCCCUCUAUCCUGUAUUAUACAGACUGUAACACUGUAUCCCUCUAUCCUGUAUUAUACAGACUGUAACACUGUAUCCCUCUAUCCUGUAUUAUACAGACUGUAUCCCUCUAUCCUGUAUCAAUGUAUCCCUCUAUCCUGUAUGAUACAGACUGUAACACUGUAUCCCUCUAUCCUGUAUUAUACAGACUGUAACACUGUAUCCCUCUAUCCUGUAUCAAUGUAUCCCUCUAUCCUGUAUGAUACAGACUGUAACACUGUAUCCCUCUAUCCUGUAUUAUACAGACUGUAACACUGUAUCACUCUAUCCUGUAUUAUACAGACUGUAACACUGUAUCCAUCUAUCCUGUAUUAUACAGACUGUAACACUGUAUCCCUCUAUCCUGUAUUAUACAGACUGUAACACUGUAUCCCUCUAUCCUGUAUUAUACAGACUGUAUCCCUCUAUCCUGUAUUAUACAGACUGUAACACUGUAUCCCUCUAUCCUGUAUGAUACAGACUGUAACACUGUAUCCCUCUAUCCUGUAUUAUACAGACUGUAACACUGUAUCCCUCUAUCCUGUAUCAAUGUAUCCCUCUAUCCUGUAUGAUACAGACUGUAACACUGUAUCCCCCUAUCCUGUAUUAUACAGACUGUAUCCCUCUAUCCUGUAGAUCAGUCUCCCCCCACCCCCCAUCCUCUCCCAGCCCUGGGAAUGUCAGGCUCCUGAUCUCGCCCUCCCAUUGGCUGCUGUCUGCCGUGACGUCACGAUCAUGAUUAGAAUUGAUGAUCGGGCUCGCUGAUUUCAUUGUCUGGUCCCGGACCGGAGAGGACCCGGAGCGGCCCUAGUCAUCCCCCACGGCCGGGGAGGGGGUAGGUAGAUGGGGGGUAUAUCACUGGUGGGUGGGGGUGAUGGGCAGGGACCGGUCCUGUUAUCUGGGGGGGCGCACGGUCUGAGAUCUGCAGAAUUUCUGGGGGCGGGAGGUUGUUUCCGGGCACAGAUAGGCUCUGGAUUAACCCCUCCCGGCCCGGUGCCUGGCACUCCGGCAGCGCACGUGUUAAUGGGAAUCCAGCCUGCAAUAACCCCCAGCGGGCUCCUGGACUCCAGGCCUGGGUGUUUGGGGGAGGAGGGGGUAGAUCUGUGCCUCCCUCCCUUCCCCCCUUUAAGGGACAUGCGCAGUGUGCCCCACUUCCUAGGCUGGCACUGCUUGGUGUGAGACAGAGGGCUGCACCUGUCUGGGAGGGAGCUGCAACAAAGUUCCAGUGUGCAGCACGUGAUCACACAUUGAUACAUUGCUGAACGUUCGAUUGGACCGAGCGUUCUAACAUGGAACACUGAGCAGGCAGUCAUUCUACUGCUAUGUAUAAUGUACACCAUAGCCCCGGAUAGUGCACACACAUUGUCACUGCUUAUUAUUUUAUUUAAUGUACACAUCUUUUUAGGGGGAUUUCAAAUAUUUAGUAUCUCUCAUGUUUUAUAUCUGCCUUAUAGAUUCUACAGCACCAGGACUCUCUCUCUCUCUCUGCAGACAGUUCCAGAUUCUGCAGAAUUACUCCAGAAUCUAUUUCUGUUGUUCCCCAAUUCUGCUAUUUUUUGAGUACAAGUUGUCACAUAUUCUAGUGAAUAAACUAUUCAAAUGAAAACUAGUGUUUACAGUUCAUAUUCAUAAGAUGUGCAUACAGGCAAUAUUUGUAUUUAUUUAUUUAGUUUAGAUAAGGUAACAUCUGGAUACUCCGUCACUAAAGGCAUUUAUUUAUCAAACAAGUUUACAUUUGCUCUUUAUAUAAAUGUUACAUUUCAGCUAAUACAAACUUUAAAGUGAAAUGGGACGGUUCUUUCAGCACAGAAACACUAUUUGCAGCUUUUACUGGGGUGAAUAAUUCAGUGGAGGUAUGUAAAGAAAAAAUGACUUUCAAUGCACUUCUAUGUUGCACUGACCUAGUGCAUUGGGGGCACACACAGGCAUGUAAUGGGGAUAUGCCAUACACACACAUGCCCAUUUUAUACAGCAGCACAAUAUGUGUGCAUGUAUUGUACACACAGAACCUCAGACAGUUUAUUUGUAUAGUUUGCUGAUCUUAGCAAUGCAAAAUAUGUCAAUUAAAACAAAAAAAUAAACUAUAAAAACAAUAAUUUUAAAAUAAUUAGCACACACAGUAACUAAUGAUAAGGUAGCUAUUAGGUCAUGCUAGAAAGUAGGAAGUCACAGUUCCUCUUUAAAGGAAAGAGACAGUUCCUUAUUCCUUAUUCCCUCGCCCCAGUCAGUGCUGUGGCGGCAGCCAUAGGUAAGGAAAGCAGUGGAACAAAUGAAAAAAAAAAAAAACAACGAUAUUCUCCUCUAUAUUACUUCUGGACCAUGGUGAUGUCAUUGUGAGAUGAUGUGUGCAUGGGUCCCUACAGAAAAAGUCACAUUAGGGUUAUCCACUAAUGUGAGAAUUCCAAGUUACUUUCAAACUUAAGGUAAAAAUAUCCUAGCUGGAAAAAACUCAGCUAUGCUUUCACUUUAGUAAAUAAUCCUGUUUAAGGUUUCGAAUUUAAAUUGAGCGUUACAAGGAGCUUACCAUAACAACUUACAGCAAAUAAUAUAGUUUAGCGUAUGCUGUGAUAUGUACGCACAAAACUACCUCAAACUCACCUACUUUGAUAUGCACACAUAUAGCCACUCUUUUACAAGCAAAUGCAGACAUAACUAGCUGCUCACACAGACAUACAGGUCUUUUUAUAUAGCUGAUAUGCUAAAUCUCGAAAUUGAUACUUGUUUAUGCAGUGAGGAGAGAAACCUUAGGAGCUCUAUUAACACAGUAAGUUUGGCACUCACCAUAAUAACAGAAUCCACCAAUCUUAGAAACCCAGUAUUGUGGCACUAGAUUCCUCUUGAAGAUGUUCACAUGUUGUAGAUGCUGGUCUCUUAUUCAUCCAUAACCACCACAUUAGUUCCAUGUUGUAGUUGCAUACAAGAUGUUCCAGGAGCCCACUUGUUGGAAGAUUGCCCUGGUUGACCUCAGCGUGACUCUCUUGGUUGGUUUGUGUUGCUCUCAUAUUGUUCAGGUGGGCAGGGUAUAUAUCUUUAGGUGUCUUGCCCAUGGACACUUACUGGUGCAGUGGUCAGACUGGGAUUUGAACCUGUGGUUCCCAGGUCAGUGACAUUACCACUGUGCCCUCCAGUUGAUAACUCAAAGAGUGCCCUUCUCGGAACAGCUAAGACACUGCACAGAACCCUCAGACUCCCAGGCCUCUGGUAGAGGACCCAAGAAUGAGGAAUAAAAAUACUACCCAGGAGGGGUGAAAAAAAUAAUUUUUAUUUAUAUAUACAUGGAAAAAUGAGGGGGGGGAGGGGGAGUCUGUGAAUACCUUCUAGAAUUUCCAGCAGUAAGUAGAGUGGUUGUAGAGACAUGAGAAAGACCUUCUAUGAUGCACUUGACCAUCUUUGAUGGCUUAUGAUUAGUAUUCUCUGGUGUCCCAAGAACUGGAGAAAAUACCUUGCAGGGUGUGAUUGCCAUAUCAAGACCAAUCCUUCUCAUGCUCAGCUCAUUCUGGAGAUCUGGGAUACAUGUAUUAGAAUAGUAUCGAAAAUUAGAGAGCCCCUACCCCCGUAUUAGAAUAUGUAUUCCUACAAUUAAAGCAAGUAGUGUAAAAGCACACUAAUCAUUCAAUUUGGAUUCUAUGUUUUAGGAUCUUUGAAUUUUGUCGGCAAAACUAUAAACAUUCUACAAUGGAGGGAACAGUGGCGCCAAACGUUGGAGAAGUAACGUCAACAGGUUCUCAGGGAUACCAGCCAGAGGUACAGCAUUUACAUUUGGUUUUUUUGGUUGAAACACCUUGCAAAUGUACUCAGCAAUUUAUCAAGGAUGACAUUAUUCAAUAAACACCAGAGUAUAGUGAACUGAAUACCAAAUCUCAACAUUUUGUCAAAAAGAAGAUAUUUGGCAAAUGUAUCCAGCUCUGCUAUGUGCAUAGUUUGGCUAGCUUAAAUAUUGCUAUUCCAUUUUCAGUUUAGUAUAAUUUGGUGUUUAGCGAAUAAACAUUGUAUGUGAAUAUUUAGGAAUUCGAAGUGAAUUUCAAAUUAAAAGCCAAAAUAGCAAAACAGAAGCAACAGCUGAUCUAAAUAUUGUAUUUUUCACAGUUUUGCUAUUUUGGCCCAAUAUUGUAAUUUCACUUUUAAUUUCUGACAAUGUAUACUUUAGUAAAUUAACAUAUGUGUGCCAGUCAUUUCCAUAGCUCUGAAUACCCCCUAAAGAGGAACACUCUGAGCACCAUAAACACUACAGCUCACUGCAGUGGUUAUGGUACCAGGAGUGCCCUGGGGCCCACUUCCUCCACUGCGAAAGCCAGAGAGCUGAAUGUUUCUAAGCAGGAACUUCCGUUUUCCUGAGCUAAGCCCUGCAGUGGAGGGCUGAGCUCAUUGGCUGAGAGUGAUAAGCUGACAUCAGGACAGGUUUUCUUGGUGCUCGGAGAGUUCCUUUGAAGGAAAAGACACCUCUUGAUUUUCUUGGGAAUCCUCUGUCAAAUAGAACAGUAGGUCUGAGUUACAGAAACACUCCACGCUGGAGUUUCCCAUUAAUAAAUAUGUCUUAGAUUGUACAUUACAAACAUGUAUGCUAAAAUGUUAUAAGAAUAAAAAAUAAUAAUGUAAAACAAAAUUUAAAUUUGCUGUAUGUGUCAAGGCUUUGCAGCUUCUGCAUGGAGUUUUUCCCAGACCAAGAAUGAGCCAAUCAUACUGAUCCUAUUAUAUUUUAUGGCCAUACUGAUCUUCACUAGAGAUGUCGCGAACUGCUCGCCGAACAUAUGCGAUUUCCGGUCCGCCCCCUAUUCGUCAUCAUUGAGUACACUUUGACCCGGAACCUCACAGUCAGCAGACACAUUCCAGCCAAUCAGCAGCAGACCCUCCCUCCCAGGAAGUGUCUGCUGACUGUGAGGUUCCGGGUCAAAGUGUACUCAAUGAUGACAAAUAGGGGGCGGACCGGAAAUCGCAUAUGUUCGCCCAACGCGAACACGCUAUUGUUCGCCGGCGGACAGUUUGCAAACAGUUCGGCGAGCAGUUCGCGACAUCUCUAAUCUUCACCAGAAAGAUGACAGCUGAACUCCCAGAGACCUCUACUGUGCCUAGUCUAGGGAUAGUACAAGUGCUUGUAUGGUAACAGGGAAGGAAAACUUUGUGUGCCAUAUUUGACUGAGGAGGUUGGGUUAUAAGACACAUGUAGGUUUAGCCACUAAAGUAUAAAUAUCUGGGAAUUUAAAGUAUAUUCAAGGGGAAUUUCAGAUUGUAGUCCAUCAGAGCCAAAUAAAAAAAAGUUGUACUCUUUAGACCUAAGAAAUACAUUCACUUUUAAUGUUGUACAAUUCACACUUUAGUAAAUAAUCCUAUAAUAGAAACAGGGACCUUGUUACCAUAUCCCAUUAAAUGAAAUCCAUAGUGAUAGGAGUGUCCCGUUGACCCAGUCAUGCUAGUGGACAUACCAUGUACACUACUGUAAAAUUGGUCAUUUGCAAUAGCUCUCCUGAGGCACCAUGUUGGCACACAAGGAAAAAUCUAGUACAUGCCAAUCACGGCAGGUAUUGGACUAAUAAUGGAUGACUCCAGCAUAAGAAAUCCAGCAAUAUAUUUGUAGAGGCUAUGAUUCUGAGCCUGCCCAAGGUUUGAAAAAAAAAAAACCUGGUCUUAUCUCUCUAUAUGCCCCUCUGCCCCGUGAUCUACACUGGGCUCUGCCAGCUGCCCAGCACCACAGUGUGAAUGAUGUGCAGCAUCCAAGGGAGAUCACGCUCUUUUAUUUCAAUCAUACAGUACAGAGUGCCCACAGAGUGCUCUUUACUGUGUGAGCUGGGAAAUCCCUCUGCUGAUGUCCGUACUGACGUCAGCAGAGGGAAUCCCUCUGACGUUUGAUUAGGGUUAAGAGUUGGAUUAUGGGUAGGACUAUAGGCAAGUUUAGAGGUAGGAUUAGGGGCAAAGGUUUACAUGUGGGGUAUCAUUGUACCCAAGAACAGUACCAGAACACAAAUAGAGUAGUGGAUCACACGUGGUCUGUAAAUUUCCCCAAAGCAAAACACAUCUGUAAAAAACAAACAAAAACAUAUUUUGAGUUUUGUGAUAAAAUGGUUAAAUGAAAAGUGUCAAAAUGCUUUUUAGUUAAAUAGCCUGGAGGUGUUCUUUCUACAUGUAUGUACUUUUGUGUAGCAGUUUUGAAUCCUGUGACUAUAAAAGUUUUACUUUCAACAUGCCAAAUUUUGCAACAUUUUAGCAUUAACCCCUUAAGGACACAUGACAUGUGUGACAUGUCAUGAUUCCCUUUUAUUCCAGAAGUUUGGUCCUUAAGGGGUUAAAACCGUAAUUCAAUCCUUGAAGUAUUUGUUUCACUUGUAAAAUGUAAUUGAAAUCCUAGACAUAUUUUAACAAUCAGGACUAAUUAGUUAAUCUAUUUUGAGUUUAUUUUCUUAAAUCGCACUUGUGUAGAAAUGAUUAAAUGUAAAACUUCUAUUUCUUUUUAACUAUUUUACACAUAUUCAACAUUGUGUUAGCUAUACAUAUGGCGUAUCAAAAGAAAGUCCUGUUUAUCUUUUUAAAAAUGAUAUAUAAUAGGUAUGAGCGGACUUUAACACAAAGGAUGAUAUUUUGGUAGAAUGAAUGCAUGGCAAAAGUGUCAAAAAGGCCUUGGUCACAAACACGACACAUCUCAACAGAGCCCAGGUCUCCAAGGGGGUUACAUUGCUUCCAGAGACUCUCCUAAAAUGGAAACUUUCUUGUGGUCAUAUACAAAGGGGCACCUGGAAAAAGAAAUCUGGUCUAAAAAAACUGGUCUGGACCCCAAAUAUAUACAGAUAAAGGGAUUUGGGGCCCACACCCAGAACAUGUAUUUCUUAGUAGUAGUGUUGCUGUAAAGACCAAAUUAUUUACAAAAUACACAUUAAGGGAGCAUCAUGCACACACAAAAUACAAGGCUACUGGCAAGAUUUAAAACUGUAUUUUUUUGUGUGUCCGCUGUUCCCUUAAUCUGUAUUUUGUAUAUAUUUAGUUUUUUUGCUGCAGCAUCGUUAAUAAGAAAUGCAUGUUCUGGGUGUGCCCCCAAUUCCCUUUCCUUUUUUUUUGUGGAUAUUUGAAAUCCAGACCAGAUUGGGUUUGGGUUGAACACCCCGCCCCUUUACUCUAGGUGAAGGUGACCACAAGAAAAGCAUAAAUUUGAAGUCUUUGGAAGCAGUUUAAGCAAGUAAGUACUGCAGUUUCUCGCUAGUGUGAAAAUUGUCGUAACCCACAGAUUUUGGGGUACUUUGGUGAAGAGGUGUAACUUGAUAUUUGUUUGCUAAGAUAGGUGAUUUUAAAGGGUUACUCCAACUACCAUAACCACUUUUUAAGUGGUCACGGGGAUAAGAGUCAGUAUGUCCAGUGUUUCUGCUCGAAACACUGCACAUCCAGGGAUAUUUGUAAUUGUGUGAUGUCAGGCGGAAAGGGUCCCCCCUCUUACAAGUAGGCUUGUAAGAUUUAAAAGUGUGUUUUUGGUUUUCUAAAAGUGUUUUUUUGUUUUUCUUUAAUGGUUAUAAUGGAAGUGACUUUAUUAAGAAAUGCAUGUUUUGGGUGUGCAACGCGGUUCUAAUUUUUCAAGUAAAAAAAACUCAAACAGCCAUAAAUGCUACAGCCCGGCAUGUAUUUUUUUUCAGAGUGGAAUAAUAGGCAGUCGGGGGCUUCUAUUUUAUCCCAGAAAUGAGUAAGACCAGAAAAAAAAAAAUCUGUGAAAAAUGGCAAAUUGUAUCUAUAUGGGUGUAUUGCUCUAUUCCACUGGGCAGAAGUGGAAUUCAGUUCUAAUAUCUUUACAGUAAAAUGACCACAAAUGAAAUACACAUACUUUUUCAUUAUAUCUGAUUUUUUUUUAUGUGUGUGUUUGUAGCAUUUCUGGAUUGGAUGGCCACUAUUAACCUUGCAAACCCCACAUACAAAAUGUGGGCAGUGUACCUAGACAUUAAUGAGAAGAAUGAGUUGUGUAGAAACUACUAAAAGUAACACAGUGCAAUUUGUGUUUACAUUUAAAGGGAUAGUCCAACCAAAAACCAAUGUCUUAUGAAAACACUGGUUUUGAUCAGAGUAACUGUUGCUAUGCUGAUUUCCCCCCAUUCCAAAAUAAAUAAAGCUAAAAAUGUUAUCUUGCGCAAAGGCCUAGUUCUCCCUGUAGGUUGAUCCACCACAGCUGAUGCUAUUCCCACUCACUGGAAUUGUGUGAAUGUUUGUAGUGUUCCUUUAUUCCUGCCCCCCAUAAAACAAAAAGAUAAAUUUUACUUAACCUCUUUCUCAAGCUGUGAGCCAGCUCUUGCUGCUUCACUCCAGUCUACUGUCAGUGACUACAGCGUACCCUGCCUGUCCAAAAUGGACACAUUAAUGGAAAUUGCAUAGAAGGCAAAUGUAGCAAUCACCCAAUAGAAUGCUUUUCACAGAUUGUUCAAAUGGAGCGAAUCAGGUGUGAUUCCAAAAAUCCAGUAAAUUUUUGAUACUAUUUUAUACAUGCUAGAACAUUUUGUUAACUUGGCUUCUUUUGCUGAAUCAUAUGAUCUACUGAUCGUAGUCUUGUGCUAAUAUUCUUUAUUUGUGCCUAAGCAUGUGUUUGCUAGUGCUAUUUCUGGUUAACACCUGGAUUCUGGAGGUACCAUUAUUUAUUAGAACAUUGCCAUUGGGCCUGCAUGUUAAGUCCUUUUUAUUGCAAUAAAUGCACAUUUUCAAAAGGACACCUUAAGGUUUUAUAUAUAUAUAUAUAUAUAUAUAUAUCUAUAUAUAUCUCUUAAGCUUAGUGUGUGCCUUUAUGUAUUUAGAUUAUAAUAAAAAAUAAACUUACCUGUGAUCCAGCACCAAGGGAGUCCUUCCAGUAUCUACUCCACCUCUUCUGUGAUUGUCAGUUGUGAUGACCUAGGCCAGUGAUGGCUAACCUUGACACCAAAAAUUGUUUCUGGACUACAUUUCCCAUUUCCCACAUUAUAGACUCUAAAAGCUAGCUGAGCAUCAUGGUGUCAAGUUUAGCCAUUACUGAUCUAGGCCCAUUUCAGUGCUUUUCAUAGAGAAGCAUUGAAUCCAGUGCUUCUCAUAUAGCUCUCUGUGGUCGUUUUGGAGCCUGGGGUGUCCAGGCUCCUUAAAAUGUAAGUAGUGAUUUCACUUCUUACCUGGGAAGACUGGUCACUGUCUCCAAGUGCUGUUAGCUCUCCUGAGCUAAAUCCUUCUGUGCAGGGCCACCUUAUUGGCUGAAAGUCAGCCCCAGGCUUAGUUCAGAGCAGAGCACUUCCAGCUUUCGGAGAGAAAGUGACUUAUGCCCAGCAGACCCCAUUAAGGAUGUCAAACUUUUAGUAGGCUGUUUGACUACUUGCAUUGGGUGUACUAGGGCACUUCUGCGGCGACAAUUAUUACUUGAUUAACAACAAGGUAUUGCACCUUUUUUGAAAAAAAUAUUGAAUUACAUACAAUUUGUAUUAUUUACAUGCUAGGGGAAUUACAGGCUAGGGGACAGCAUUAACUUUAUUUAGGGGUUAGGAGACCUCACAUAUUUUAUACUAUGAGGGUAUUGGGACAGCAUAUUUUGAAGUUAGGGCCUAACCUCAAAAUAUAGUUGAUGCUGUCCCCGUAACCUCCUAAUAAAUAUAUGAUGUCGUCAUCUCAGAAUAAAUAUGUGAUGUCCCCAUAACCUCAAGAUAAAGUUGAUGUUGUCCACCUAACUGUUGGGAUUACCACAUCAACGUUAUUUUGAGGUUAGAGGAUGGGAAAGCAUAAACUUUAUUUUAAAGUUAGGGCCUAACCUCAAAAAUAAAGUAAAAUAUAUGAUGUCCCCUAAUAUCAGGUCCUGGGUGAAGAGGCAGAAUCAAGGGCGGAGCCAAGGGAAUGAAGAUUUGCCUAGGCUGGCAAAAAUUAUUGACCAGCCCUGGGUGCCCAAGGUGCUUGAAAGGAAAUGGCUGUCUAACUCUGGCCAAUGUAGGCAUAGAUAUGAGACUUUCCAAGACCUUGAGAAGAUUUAAAUGAUCAUCGUUAAAGAUCUGGGAGACUUUCCGUUAGAUAAGAUUGAUAAGGCCAUUGUUAAUGACCUGGACCUUUGAAUCUAAGGUGAGCUUUGGCAAAAGCAUGUUUAAUUCAUGACACUGACACUGUAGUCAUACCAAGAUGUGCCAUGAUUACAUCAUACCUAGAUCAUGGCAGUCUUGUCAUACUUACAUCAUAUUAAUUGUGUGAUAUUAUUUAAAGGCUAUAAAAGAAAGCAAGAUAUUCUGUUAGGUAGAAUAUUGCUGAGACUGCUUGAAUAUUCCAUGUUACACAUUGUUAACCGUACUACCAUAUUCAUUGACUUUAACGGACGGCCUGGAAUGAAAAUUAUUAAACACGACACUGAAGAAGAAAACACUUGUUUGGUCUGACUCAUAUGCCUGUAACAUAAUGGUGGAGUGGGUCUUGUUUUCUCAAGCCUGUUAAAAGUGGGACAAAGACUGCAAACACUUCAAAAUGUCCAUCGUAUCCUCUUGAGAUCGAGGUGGACAGAAAAUACUUUGAGAGCCCAAUCUACAUGGACCAUAUGGACAAACAGAGAAGUAAGUCCACCCCCGUCUGACCAUGCAAGCUGGGACAAGGAUUUGUUUUCCGGCGGCCAAGUGGAUGCUUUUCAUCAGAAUGAUAAAGCUGUCUCCGAAAAGUACUCUCCCACUUGAGGUCCCACAACGACGAAACAUCUUGUCCUUGGUGAGUGAUAUAAUAUACCCAAUGUCUUAUUCUGUGUAAAAAUUUAUGCAAAUAAUGAACAGUCUUUGUACCAUUGGCCACAGAUUGGUUUACUAAAUUAGGAGAGGGUUACAAAGAUCCUUUUAUUGUUGGGUCUGAUCCUUAACUUAAACGUGGGAAGAUUUUUUUUAAUGUAACUUUGGUAAAUAGAAUAACAUCUACUGCUGAAAGAGCUAAGUGUUAAAUCACCCAAGAUAAAUAGAAAAUCGCAGCCAUAUGUAAGGAUUUGCUAGUUGCAGAAUGACAUAUUUUGUGAUCAAUGUAAAUUGCAACAGAGUAUGAUAAAUUUAAAAUCAAAAGUCAGGGAAAACUAGAGUUGAGCGAACCCGGGCUGUAACUAGAGUUGAGCGAACCCGGGCUGUAAAGUUCGGGUUCGUACCGAACAUUACGUUUUUUUGGACCCCGGACCCGAACACUGACAUAUCACUGUAUGUUGGGGUUGGAAUUCGGUGUUCAGCGAUUUAAUAAUGCGUUUUGAAAGGCUGCAGGGCAGCCAAUCAACAAGCGUUUGACUCAUGUGCCCUUAGAAGCCAUCACAGCCAUGCCUACUAAUGGCAUGGCUGUGAUUGGCCAGUGCAGCAUGUGACCCAGCCUCUAUAUAAGCUGAUUUCUUAGUAUUAUUAAAUUAUCUCCCUACUCGCUAUACCGCGAGUAGGGGCAUGUCUAUUAAACAGUGAGCAGCCUGUGGCUGCUCACUGUUAAAAAAACAAACAUUCCCCCCUCCCCCCUGAGUGGUGGGUGAGGGCCAUAAAUAAAAAUUGUGGGGGGGGGGGACCUAAUGUCCUUUCCCCCCGGCCCCCACCCCAGAGCGGUGGGUGGGGGCCAUAAAUAAAAAUUGUGGGGGGGGGGGACCUAAUGUCCUUUCCCCCCGGCCCCCACCCCUGAGCGGUGGGUGGGGGCCCUAAAUAUCAAUAAGGGGGGGACCGAUUGUCCUCCGCCCUGGCCCCCACCCCUAAGCGGUGGGAGGGGGGCCUUAAAUAAAAAUUGGGGAGGGACCUAAUGUCCUCCCCCCUGGCACCCACCCCUGAGUGGUGGGUGGGGGCCAUAAAUAAAAAUUGGGGGGGGACCUAAUGUCCUUUCCCCCCCGGCCCCCACCCCUGAGCGGUGGGUGGGGGCCAUAAAUAAAAAUUGGGGGGGACACCUAAUGUCCUCCCCACCCAGCCACCACCCCUGAGCGGUGGGUGGGGGCCAUAAAUAAAAAUUGGGGGGGGGACCUAAUGUCCUCCCCACCCGGCCCCCACCCCUGAGCGGUGGGUGGGGGCCAUAAAUAAAAAUUGGAGGGGGGGACCUAAUGUCCUCCCCCCCAACCCCCACCCCUGAGCGGCAGGUGGGGGCCCUAAAUAAAAAUGUAACCCCCAGUGACUAGGGGUCCCCAAACCCCUUGUCACCCCCCUCCCCCCAAAAAAAUAACCCCUACCUAGCCCCCUCAUCCUAAAAAUAAUGAGAGGGGACCCUUAUCUAAAAAAUUUUUAAAAGAAAUCGACUUACCAAUUGAUGUUUUCUUUCUUCUAAACUCUUCUUUUUUCAGCCCCUAAAAAAGGCCAAAUAAAAAUCCAUAAUAACUGACGCACUUUAAAAAACAAACAAAAAAAACAGGGGCCAUAAAUAAAAAUUGGGGAACCUAAAGUCCUCCCCCCUGGCCCCCACCUCUGGGCGGUUGGGUUCGGGCCAUAAAUAAAAAUUGGGGGGGGGACCUAAUGUCCUCGCCCCUGGCCCCCUAGCCUGAGCGGUGGGUGGGGGCCAUAAAUAAAAAUUUCACCCCUACCUACCCCCCUCAUCCUAAAAAUAAUGAGGGGUCCCCCUUAUCUAAAUACCUGUAAAAAAAAAAAAAAAUAGACUUACCAUUUGAUUUCUUCUUUCUUCUAAACUCUUCUUUUUUCAGCCCCAAAAUCCAUAAUAACCAACGCACUUUAAAAAAACCAACAACAAAAAACGAGCGCCAAAAAAAAAAUCCUUCUUCACCCAUGGAGGGCUUCGCGCAGACUGAGCUUUGCAGGGUGGGGAAGGCUUAUAAAGCCUUGCCCCGCCCUGCAAUUAGGCUCAGAGCACUCUGAUUGGUGGGUUUAAGCCAUCCAAUCAGAGUGCUCUGACAGGUAACUGAAGAGACUGACAGGUAAGUCUCUACAUUUACCUGUCACAGCACUCUGAUUGGUUGGCUUGAAAUCCACCAAUCACAGUGCUCUGUGUCCUUUUACACAGUGUGGGAAAGUUCUUUGGAAUUUUCUCACGCUGUGUAAUUUGACUCAUAACAACACUCUGAUUGGUGGAUUAAGUAACCAAUCAGAGAGUUAGGAGUCAAAUUACACAGCUUGGAAAAAUUCCAAAGAACUUUCCCACGCUGUGUAAAAUGGCACAGCGCACUCUGAUUGGUUAGCUUGAAAUCCAGCCAAUCAGAGUGCUCUGAUGGCCCAGGGGUGGGGGCCGGGGAGGAGGACAUUAGGUGUGUCCCUCCAAUUUUUAUUUAUGGCCCACACCCACUGCUCAGGGGUGGGGGCCGGGGGGGAGGACAUUAGGUUCACCCCCAAUUUUUAUUUAUGGCCCCCACCCCUAAGCGGAGGUGGGUGACGGGGGGGAGGACAGUAGGUCCCCCCCCUUAUUGUUAUUUAGGGCCCCCACCUGCCGCGGAGGGGUGGGAGCCGGGAGGGAAGGACAGUAGGUCCCCCCUUAUUGUUAUUUAGGGCCUAUCUACUAAGCAGCUGCUUAUUUUAUGUUAUUUUAAGUGAUUUCCCUAUCCACAUUUAUUUGCAGGGCACUUGUCCUACUCUUAUCCCCAUUUUACUUCCUUUUGCAGCCCUCUAGCCCUUUCCAGGACUUUUUUAGAGCCAAGUUCGGGUCCCCAUUGACUUCAGUGGGGUUCGGGUUUGGGGUCAAGUCCGAUCCGCAAACCCAGACUUUUUUUCCGAAGUUCGGCCGAACCCGCCGGACCCGAACAUCCAGGUGUCCGCUCAACUCUAGUUAUAACUUAAAAACUAAAAUGUAUCCAAUCUCCUUUAAAAUCCCUGGUUCAAACCAGUUAGGCAGUUAGUAGAUCAACCACUGGAAAACAGUUUUUGAAGCUAAUCCAGAUCUUUAUUUCUCUGUGAGGAUUCUAAUAACUGUUAGAGGUGCAAUACAAGGAAUAAAACAAAACAGAGGGAUGGAGAGGAGUCAGGGGAUGAAUCUGAAGAAGGUGACAUUUUCAACCUUCUGACUAUCCUUGAGAAAGUUAGCACCAGGACCCUAAUCUGUAAACAUAAUACAUUAGCAAAGAGGCAUUGAAGAGAGGACCACUAUAGUGCCAGGAAAACAAACCUACCCCACCCUCAGGGUCCCACACCCGCUGGGCUGAAGGGGUUAAAAGACUUACCGGGAGCCUGGCGCUGGCGAACUCUCCUCCUCCUGCCGACAUCAGCGACGAAUGAACAUGCGCGCAAGAGCUGCGCGCGCAUUCAAACCGCCCAAAGGAAAGCAUUUCUCAAUGCUUUCCUAUGGACGUCCAGCGUCUUCUCUCUGUGAUUUUCACAGUGAGAAUCGCGGAAGCGGCCUCUAGUGGCUGUCAGUGAGACAGCCACCACAGGCUGGUUUAACCCUCUAUGUAAACAUAGCCGUUUCUCUGAAACAGCUAUGUUUACAGCUGCAGGGUUAACACUAGAGGGACCUGGCACCCAGACCACUUCAUUGAGCUGAAGUGGUCUGGGUGCCUAUAGUGGUCCUUUAAUGAAAUUAACAAACUGAUCAAACACAGUGAAACAUUGUGGCAGUUUGUUGACCCACUCUGAUGAAAGUGAAUGUUCUGUUUUUGAAUGACUGUUUCCUUCCCAAACAAGAUCAGCAGUUAGAUCAACUAUAAUUGGCAAAGUCGUUGAAAAACAACAUCAAGCAACAACAUCAAAAUAUUAUGAUAAAAAUAAUCAUUUCUAUACUUGGGCGUUUUUGAAGGGGAACUUGAAAUAGACUAAAAGAACAGAUUAAUUUAUUCUCUACCUGCCUACCUUGUCCUGCUAGUUCUCAAUGCCGAGGGCCAAGGCACGUACUCCCUCUCCCCAGCCCCCAGUGUAUAUAGACAUUUGGUUUUGUUAUUACUGCAAAAAGCCAGGUCAUUUUAAAAGAGAUUGUGAGAAAAUUGGUGCAAUAAUCUGUUCAAGAGUCUAAUGGUUGUACAUUUUAAAAACAUUGAAUAUAUUCUAAUGAGUCUACAUAUACCAGUGCAACCUUUACCACUCCAAUUUUAGAACAGUGAAUUUGCAGCAUCUCCUUAUGAGAUUUGCACACAUAGGCUAAAAGCAAUGAGAAGAAAUACAAAGCAGAAAAAAUUACUUGCUGCGGUAUCUUACUCUGAAGGUGUGAUUAAAAGCAGGGGUUCUCAACCCAGUCCUCAGGACCCCCUCCCAGUCCAGGAUUUGGGGAUUACCUGGGUGUGUCUCAGGUGUUUAGAAAAAGGGAAAAAAACACCUUAGACACACCCAGGUAAUCCCUAAACCCUGGACUGGUAGAGGGUCCUGAGGACUAACGUUGAGAACCCCUGGAUUAAAAGGGUCUAUUUUUUUUAUUUUUUUUUAUUUUUUUACGUGUUGUGAAUCUAAAAUAAAAACACUGCAGUUUCUCAAAUUUACAGUGAAGGUUUAAAAGGACAGGUACACUGCACACAGACCACUUAAUUAAAGGGACACUAUAGUCACCAGAACAACCACAGCUUAAUGUAGUGGUUCUGGUGUCCAUAGCCAAUCCCUGCAGGUUUUUCAAUGUAACACUAUACAUUACUGCCUAGGAACACCUCUUGUGGCAGUCACUCAGAUGGUGCAGCACUGACGUUUAGCAUCUCCACACUCUGCACAAAGGCGCUGAAUGUUUCUUAUACGUAUUCAAUGCAUCUCUACGAACAGAUUCUGAUUAGUGCAUCAGGUUUGAUUUCAGCCAAUAGGGCAAAGCGGGAGCAGAUCCAGCCGCAACAGACCCUCGCAGUGCUGGAAAAAGAUAAGGCCUAAACUAAUUUCAGAUCAAUAGUGUCAUGUUUGUUUUCCUGACACUAUAACGUUUCUUUAAAAUGAAGUGGUGUGGGGGAGUAUAGUAUCCAUUUAAACAGUUUUUUGAUGAAACUGAACGCACUACAGAUCCCGCAGGCAUGUUUUCUGCAAGGAAAAAUUAUUCUACAGGUCCAUGGGAUGCUAAUUAGGAAAGUAUUGUCAUUCUCACCCAGGUAGGUAUUACGUUUUGAGAAUUGACAGAAAAAAAUGUUUUGUACAUAUUGAUCAAAGCAAAUUGAAAAAAAAGGAAAAUGUAUAAAUGAAUAUGGUUACUGGCACCUGUUUCCUAUGUUUCAGAUUUGGAAUAAAUGUGGAUAACUAUUGCGAAAGAUAAUAGAACUUUGUACUAUAUAAUUGGACCUUUUUGGACUUUCAAAAGAAGAUUUUAAAUCAUCGAAAGACAAGCAUUCACUGAUGGCACAAGAAUUGCUCAGACCUACAAACACAAAAAAUAUUGAAAGAACGAUGGAUUUAGCUGAUUUGUUAUGUUUUAAGUGUAUUGUUUCAACAACAUGUUCAUUCUGUGAGGUCAUCAAUGGUGAAAAGUACAUAUGGGAUUAUUCUAUAAUGAUUAACGAUACACAAAACAUGGUUUGGUUUCACGAGACGGGAGUUAGGAGUUGAAAUGUAAAUUAAUGUGUUUUUAUUUUACGGAAUUUAUGUCAUAGUGUAUGCUUAUUGAGACUAAUUGUUGACUAAAAUAUUUUCCAGAAAAUCCCACACAAAUAAAAUCUAUAGCCACCAACAUAUGAGAUCUAAUAGAGAUAGUGUACCUAAACAUUUCAGUAAAACAAGGCAUGGGUUGCAGCUUGUUUAUGGAUAAUCAUUUGAUUCUAUAUCUCAUUUACAGGGUUGCCUAUAGUUGGUUGUAAAAUCACAACACUGAGAAAACAGUGUAUUGCACCACUUAGUGGAAAUGUACAAAUGCAUAUACAGGCCAAGUUUCCCAAUAAGAAUUUAAUGAUGGACAUUGUACCAAUACGAUAUCUGAUAGGAGGUAUUUUUUAAACCAGCAAGCCAACACUUUUAUACAAAAACACAAGCCAGAAUAAAUCAAGAACAACUCUAAUAAAUGUUUAUAAACUUGGUCAGAUUUCAUUAUUAGGCACGCCUCUCCGCUAAGGCAGUUUCUUCAUCCACCCAUCUCCGUUUCAGACCAGUCCUCUAAUGCCAGAAAUAGGGCAUCAUUGUGCAUUAGCAGGGGAGAGAAACACAACACAAGAGUCUGCUCUGCAUGAGCACGUUGGUCAGACUUUCUUCUUUUUUGAUACCCCUGUAAGGAUGUUGCAAGGUGAAGUGAUCUUCAAACUGCACAUGUGUAUAUGUGUCAAACAUGCCUAAUGCACAUUUCCAGCAUUCCUAGGGAUAGAAUCCUGAUUGGUUAGUUCAGUGACCUCCCUGGAGGAGCUGUGGAAAGCAUAAGAAAGAAGCAGGUAAAUUGAAAGAAAAAAAUCGUACUUACCUGUUUUCUAAGGCUGCAGAUUGAGGCAACUGUCUCAUUCACAGCUAACGCUUUUGAAUUAGACAGUUGUCUCAAAGUGAUAUAUGUGCCUUUAAGCCAUUCUUUAAAAUUUACGUUUACUGAUAUGUUGCUUCCUCAUCUGUGAUUUCUAGACUACCAGUACUCUGAAAUGCACUGAUGUGCUGGAGGCACAGAGAUACACAUUGCAAACUACAUUUAUUGUAAUAAUUUACUAGCAAUAUGCCUUGAACAAUUUAUAGCUGAAGACCUAUUGUCAUUCCAUUUUGUAGUUAUGCUCAUGGUAGGAGCUCUUUAAUUUUUGUAAGUUUUUACACCAUCAAAUACAAAAUCCCCAUUAUAAACGGCGAGAUACAAAGUGUAUUGUAAAAGUCACUUACAUAACAUUCAAACACGAAUAGCAAAUUGGAAACAAAGAUGAAAGGAUUUGCAUCCAAUUAUCUGUAGACAGACAAGAUUAAAAAAAAUCAAGGACAUGUUUAAAGAUGGAUUGCGAACUGAUAUAAUAGAAAAGUGAAGAAACCUGGUUUCUAAAUUAAGGCAUGGAUUCAAUGAAGUUAGGUGGAUAAAAUAGAGCUAAAAGAAAUCUCGCAGUUAACUAUGUGAAUCCAGAUUUGUGAUAGCUGACCUGUGCCACUCCGACUCUUUCUGUAUUUUAGAUUUCUGUGAUCCUUAGAUCUGAAGGCAGACUGAAAAUCUUUGGUACAGAGUUAGCCAAAGGUUAUCUUACCCAUGACCAAUAUAAAGUGCAAAAGAUAAUUUAUAAAAAUGCCAGCACAAUGGCCAACAAAUGGUUCAGAGCAAGAGAAACAAAUACCAUUAAAGUUUUUUUUCCAACCUCUUAGUCAUAUAAUAUAUACAACAUACAAUAUUAAAUGCAAAUGAGUAUUUACAAUAGGCCUUGCAUAUUUGCAUAAAAUGCCAUGAGUCGGUGCCACAGACAAGAGAGACACAAUAAAGUUGACUUUUAUUUUUUUUUUGACUUACAAACAUUAUAUUAGGCAUUAGAUCUUAUUGUUUCUCCCCAAAUCAAGGUGUUAGUGGAUAAAUCUGUCCUGUAAGGAAAGGGAUAUCCAGCAUAUUCUGUAAAUCGGACCCCAGCUGAGGAAUGCCAACGUAGUAGGGAAAUUGGAACCUCUGUCUACAUUUAACUGGUAAUUAUGGCUAAACACUAAGGCUGCCUCUCGGAGCUGUCCAUCAUGCAGCCUGGAAAGACAGUUUGACUAUCAUUGAUUAAUGGAGUAUUUUAUUCCCAAUUUCACAUUUCAUCACAUCAAAUAUAAAUACAUUUUUUUAUUGUAAGACACAAAGAAUUUUCAUGGUAUGUGAAAAACAAUAGCUCUUUAAUUUCACCUUUUUUUUUUUUAAUGUUACAGUUUGUUUUGAUUUUGUUUUUAAAUUUAAAAGGACUUAGACAUCUAAAACCUCUCUGACCUGGUUCAGGAGAGAUAUGUGGAAGCACUUUGCCUUUCAAAAUGAUUUGUUCUGAAAAUAACGCCCUUAAAGAAAAAAUAGCACAGUAACGUGGCCAUUUUCUUGAAAUGUUUCCGUACACUGUCAGGGUAACUUAUAUCUCUGUACACACACUUAAAUUGGUUCCAGUUAUACUAUAUAUCUGUCAUUGCACUCCUAUCGCCUGAAUGUUGGCUUGUUAGAGCAAUGGUAACCAGAGACACCCAAGUUUGGAUCCUGGUCAGACACAUUAUGAUCUACCGCCUACAAAUCUUCAUAGACUGUAAACUGAAUGAGUAGGGCAUUUUUCAAUUCUAAGUAUCAUCUUUCUAUAAUUGUAAAUCUCUGUGGAAUAAUUUGGCACUAUAUAAAAUAACAUAUUUUUUAAUACUUUUUUUCCCCAUAGAUUAAAAUGUCUAUCAUACUUAAGUAAGCAAUAAUAAGGAACUAUUGCUAUCAUCCCAAAAUAGGUUGAAAUGCUCAUGUCCAUGUCUCCUAACUGUCCCACUUUCAAUGGGACUGUCCCGAUUGUUGGGUCCUGUCCCACAAACCCACUUUAAUCCUGGACACCAGGCAGCUGUCAUUGGGCAGCAAUAGAGCAUGCAUAGAUUGAGAGCAUCAUUAGGCCCGCUCGCACUGUGCAGCAGGCACUAGGACCAUGCAGUCUUUCCAUGGUCCUCUGUGCCAGUGCCCCUCAAGGCACAGCUAACGGUCCAGGAUUUAGGGAUUACCCAGGUGUGUCAAAGGUGUUUACAAAAAAUAAAAACAGAUUCUAAGGUGUUUUUUUUCUUUUUCUAAACACCUUAGACAAACCCGGGUAAUCCCUAAAUCCUGGACUGUUAGCUGUACCUUGAGGAAAGGGUUGAGGAGUACUGUUCUAUGGGGCUGGCCAGGAGGCUGUCUGUGAGUCUGACAUGCUUGAGGACAAUCUAAAUAUGUAGAAAAACAUGUUGGUAUUCCUAACACUAUGGUGUUCCUUUAAGAAAUAUUGAAAGGCACAAGCACAACUUAAGUACAUUUGACAGGUUUUGGCCUUAUAUUAAAUAAUGUUGUCAUUUUUACCACAUUUAGAUAUCUUUCAUUUAAAAAAAAAAAAAAAAAAAAGAUUGUUAAAAAUAGAUAUUACUACCGUAGUUUCUAACCCCUUCAGCCAAAUGCACUUAAAGGAACAUUAUAGCGUUAGGAAUACAAAUCUAUAUUAUUAAUGUGCAUUAAAAAAAUAAAUAAGUUUUACUCAUCUUUGUAGCUGCUUAACCCCUCAAUGUCACACAGGAGCCUCCUCCAACGAUGUCCGAUCCAUGCACCUCAUAGUGCAUGCACAGCGAUUGCCUCACACAUCUUUAAAUUUUCCUGUAAGAAACCAUUGAGUUAAUGCUUUCCUACAGGGAGCCUCCUGUGUGUGAUAUAAAGUUCAAUUUACAGAGUAGGAGGUAAACACUUCUAAAGUAAGCUCACAUCUGAUUUAAAAUUAAACAAUUUUUUUCAUGCAGGUUGUGUCAGUCACAGCCACAUGAGGUGGCUAAGGCUGCAUAAACAUAAACAAAAGUGAUGUAACUCCUAAAUGGCAGAGAAUUGAGCAGUGGCUGAUCAGAGGAAUUAUCUAUAUACCCAAGCUGCUUCAUGAAGCUAAAGUUGUUUUGGUGACUAUAGUGUCCAUUUAAAUUGUGUUAUUGCUUAGAAUGUCCCUUUAAAGGGUUACUCCAACCCCUUUGAGAUGGGGAAAACUUUCCAGUUUAAAAUGCCUUAUUGGCCACUAUGGAGAAGGUACCCCUUUCAUUUCCAGUACAACCUGCAAAAAAAAGUUUCUACUCGCCUUGAAUCCAGCUCUGAGCAAUGAUUCCAAGCUGAUCUUCUGUGCUGCCUCUGGCAUCACGCGCAGUCCAAUCACAAGUUUCUCAUAGAGCAACCUGUGACUGGACCAUUCUGCUGGCUCAGAGCACAUGGAUAUGCUCUGGACUGGCGAUUGAAGGGAGGGAGUGGAAAGGAGAGAAUUAUGUUUUAAAAACAAAAACAAGCCAACUAUGUGCAACGGAGGGAGUGCAGUGUUGGUGGGAAAGGAGAAUUAGCUUCCGAUUGCAGGUGAUCAAUGGGAAGAUUAUCACGUCUGUAAGCAGCGUGCAGUGUUCACUAACGACAGACCUUUUAUAUGCACAGAAUUGACACUAGGCUGCCCGAAACAGAGUUCUGGGCUGCCAAUGUCACCUGUGCUAAGGAUACAACAUGCCCCCAGCACACAAUUAGGAAUUGCUCUGAAUGUGCAGUAUGUCAAGCAGAAACACUGCACAUACAGACUCCUACCACCAUGACCACUUCAAAUCACUGAAGUGGUCAUGGUGGUUGGACUAACCCUUUAAAUCCCAACACUAUCAGUCGAUUUGUAACUUUUUAAAAUGGAGUUUACUACAGUAUUAAAAAUGUACGCAUAAUGUGCACAGGAUAAUGUAUGCCUGACUCAUUUAUAACAAUGCCUGAAAGUAAUAUAUAAUGUACAAGUUCUGGUCAGUGAGUUAUCUCUAAGGAGGAUAUGCUCCUAAACUAGUAACCUUUAUAAGCCUGGUCUUCCCCCAGAAACUGAACUCCCUCAAAAAAUAUGCAAAGACUUAUAUACAUUCCAGUGCAGUGGUCACUUUCUCCCUACAGCCCGAUCUUUCCCCACUGACGUCACUCCCCGUCAGGGGAGACGGUGGGAGGACAGGCUGAGGGGAAGACAGGUGCACCACAAAGUGGGGACUUCACCACUAUUGGCUAUCUUUUGCCAGUGUACGGCGUCAGAUGCCAAUUUUGCACAGAAUUGAUAUUAACCAGCUCAGAACACUUGUUUCAGACUAGCAAAUGAUGAGUUACAUCUCUGGUAGCAGAGUAAUUAAUCGCCCUAUGUGCUGCGUCUAGACUCUAGGCACAAUCACCACUGUAAAAUCACUGAAGUAGUUAUGGUGGUUGGAGUAAGUUCUCUUUCAUAUGUUUCCAUCCUCCAUAUAUUUUUAACUCAUCUCUCAGCUUUCAGAUCAUAUCGAAACAUUUCAGACACGUUCUCUGUGUAUCAACCUUGGACCGAUUUUCAUUUCUGUCUGGAUAAUCCUAUUUAUUAUGGUUAGAAUUUUCACUUGUAGCUGUGUAAAUACAAAUAUAUGGUUACUCUGCAUUUAAAUAGAAUAUUAAAGCCCAACACCUUUAAUAAGCUUUUGAGGGUAAGCUGUCAUGUUACUUACAUUUUUACCAGUAGUCUCAUGCUGAUUUUGCGUUGAUACCACCAGAAUUUACAUUGACAAGAAGACAUUUCGUAUUUCAGAGAAAGGUUUAAUAAUAAUUUUGGUAAUGAGUCCAGACGCUGCCUUUCUGAGUAAAUUGCCUUUCUUUUACUUUUGUAGAUGAAUCUUCGUUCUGUUUUUACUGCAGAACAACAGAGAAUAUUGCAGAGAUAUUAUGAAAAUGGUAUGACCAAUCAAAGUAAGAGUUGUUUUCAGCUCAUUUUACAAUGUGCGCAAGAAACCAAGCUGGACUUCAGUGUAGUCCGGGUAAGUACCCCAUAGAAACUGCAUUCAGGGUUGUUUUUGUUACAGAAAUGGGAGUUGACCUGGAAUUUGCAGGUUUAAUGCCAAAGUGGCCAAAGUUACAGAUUGACAAACUUUAUACACAUAGAGGGAGAUGGAAUUCCUGCGCUCAUUCUCACUUUUUAGGUCCAUAGUUUUCUAAUUUAGAACACUCGUAUCCAUUAUCAACUCUUACAUAUAUGGGUGUGAUAUCCCAACCUGUCCUUGACUGGCCUUGGUUUUUGUAUCGGCUUCUUAUAAUACAUGUUAGUUUAGUUACAUAUUCCCAACAUUUACAAAGAGCUAUUUAUACACCUUAUGGAUAUUGGAACUGCUGCAAAAGCAAUUUAACAGAAUUAUUUACUAAAUUGAAUCCAUCUGAAAAUCUGCAUUCUCCGAUUUAUAUAUAUAGAUAGAUAUGUAUAUAGAGAGAGAGUACUGUUAUGCAUUACCUGCAUAUCUCAAUGUAGACUUUGAGAUGUCCCCUUGGGCACAGAAUCUCGAGAAAUCAUGUUUUACAACUAUCCCAGAGUUCCCAGCGUGACAUGCAAAUAAGCAUAGACAGGCAUCUGUUCAACUUGAGCUAUGCAUUUGAAGCAUAACAGUAUGUUUCUAUUUGCUAUGUGGGCAGUUUUAUUGUGUUUAGUUUGAAAACAUUGAAAACAAAAUAGCUUAUUGCCAAUAAAUAAUUAUCAUUAUCACCUUAAAAAGUGUAAAUAUCUAUGACUGCCAUGUUUUAGCCAAAUUUAGUUAGUGAUAAAAAGCAUGUUUAUAUAAGAUUAACUGGAGUUAAUGCCAGCCAAUCAGCAGCAGACCCUCCGUCCCAGACCCUCCCACCUCCUGGACAGCAUCCAUUUUACAUUCAUUGUGAAGCUGCAUUCUUAAUGAGCUGUCCAGGAGGUGGAAGGGUCUGGGAGGGAGGGUCUGCUGCUGAUUGGCUGGAAUGUGUCUGCUGACUGUGAGGUACAGGGUCAAAGUUUACUCAAUGAUGAGUCCGUGGCGAACCGUUCGCAGCGAACCGUUCGGGUCAUCACUAGUUAUGAAAUAUCAAAUAUUCAAAUAAUUUUUAAAAUAUUAAAUAAUUUCUAAAUUUUGUCAAAAAAUAUUAAAUCAUUUCAAAAGCUUAUCCAAAAUUAUUAAAUCGAAAACAAUAGUAGGAGACAUUUUCCAUCACUUAUUAAGUAAAUUGCAGAGAUGUUUAUAUCUAAACUGUGGGUAUUCAUAAAUAAAAUCUCUGGUUUGUUUUAGACGAAUACAUUGCUCUAUAGAUUUCUAAAUUACCUCUUUACCUGAGAGAUAGCAUGCAAACACAGGCAGUAAUAUUGCCCAUUAACAUGGCACCGGCGAUGGAUUCUUCUGUAUUAUCAUGUAACCCUAAAGGUAAAUGUGUCCAAUGUUCUACAGGCUUUUCCAAACUCCGGCCCUCUAGAUGUUGCUGAACUACAACUCCCAUGAUUCUCAGUCUAUCUAUUUAAUUGAUAGAAUCAUGGGAGUUGUAGUUCAGCAACAUCUAGAGGGCCGGAGUUUGGGGAAGCCUGUUCUAAUACAACCAACAUUAAGUUUAGCAACCAUGUGUGUUCCAUAUGUAAGAUGAAAGCGAAUGCUGUUAUUAAGUGGUUUCUGCAGUGUGUGGUUUAUAUGCAUAUUUAUCUUUCACUGACAUUUUAUAUUUCUUACACUGUAAAAGCCCCUGAUGAAAAAAUAUGCCAGGUUAAGUGCACAGAUUGCGUACAGUUACAACGUAACACUGGAAAUGCAAUGAUCUUUAGUAUGAUGGAUGUGGGGCAUGGAUCAACUUCAUUCUAAGAAGAGUCCAAGUGACAGCUAGUGAGCAUAGUAUCCUCUGAUUGACUACGCAGAAUGGUUGCUGAGUCUUACCUUCCACAUUGUAAAAUUCGGAGGAAUCCAGUGUUGUAUCAAGCUGCAUAUGGAUAGGUAAAGCAGAUACUUUAUUGGGGACAUACAAUAAAACAAAAAAAUGAAAAACGUCCCACUUAUCUUUUUAUCAGUGAUAUUUUUUACGAGUUUAGAUAGGUUGUCUUCCGGGUAAUACUCACAUGACGAAGAAACGGUAAAUUGCUUUAACCCCUUAAGGACACAUGACAUGUGUGACAUGUCAUGAUUCCCUUUUAUUCCAGAAGUUUAGUCCUUAAGGGGUUAAACCGUAAUUUCAGCAAGGGCGUUUGGUGUUUUUUGGGGGGUUUUGUUGAUCCCAGAAAUCAUGCAACAAAGUUGUGAAGAGUGCCAUUUGUAUGGGGUGUUGUGACAUUCAAAUUGAAUUAAAAUCCAACUCUCUCUGAAGAAUGCAGGAUUUUCCAUGAGUUUCAUUCUCUUCCAGUGACUGAAUGUUCUGACUCCUGAUUUUUGGUGAACCAAGUGACUGGCUGAGAUAAUUCAGCCAGUCUCUUGUCUCCAGUUAUUUUCAGCAUAUAAGAUCUUUUGGUGCCUGUACUGCCCCUUUUAAACUGGCCUUGCACUAUGAUAUAUUAUAUGAUAAAACCUUAAUCAAUCAAGUUGAAAUGACACUUCCUGAAACCUGUGAUGUAAUUCUGACCCUGGAGUUCUUAAGAGAGUUGAUUACUUAAAGUACUGGUGUAUCAGUCAACAUGUCUUUUACAGUUAACUCCUGUUUAUGGUUUGUUCUCUUAACACCUCUUGGUAACCGUAAUAUUUCCUCCCACACAUGAUAGUCUUUAGCAUUGUACAUAAUAUUAGUGUAAUCUAUACCUCUUCAAACAAUAACAUCUACAAACACAUAAACAGAUUUUAAAAUUACGUGGGAAAGUGUUCUUUAACAACAAGAAUAAUCAAGUAGAAAUGAAUACACCUUGCUCUGAUUGGGAAAAAAAACAGAUCUCAUCAAUUAAUUCAAAAAAACAAAACCAUUUCCAAAGAUCAUAAAUUGAGUGCCAAAUAUGUUAUUGAUUUGUGUGCAAAGCCAAUAUAUGAUGUAUUGAUCACUUUGUCUGUUGAACGUAGCAGAUAAUAAUCUGACUUUAUAAUUCAUUUGUUUGAUUUAUGGACAUUCAGGUAUGCUUUAGUAAAUCCUCAAAUCUAAAACAAUAGUGAAGUUUAAUAAUCUUCAGUUAUUCCUAAGGACGAUGUUAUCUUUGUCACCUGCUGUUCUAUCUUUGUCGAGACCUCUAAAAUCUCUCUAGAUUCUUCUCACUUCUUCAAAGUUCAUUGUCAGCCAUAUAACCAGGUAAGAGAUGCAAGUUUCUUGCUAUUUAACUUGCAUUCAUAUUUACAAUAUGUUUUCUUCAUAGACUUGGGUUGGAAACAAAAGGCGAAAAAUGAGCAGUAAAAACUAUUCAGAUUCUGGAGCUGCAACACAAGGGUCAUUGUCCAGCUCUCCCUCACGUCCCCCUGAUGGACCUGUCAGGAAUAUACCAAAUGUAAACAGAAGCCAACCUCCUCGGACUUCUUCGAAUAGUGAUCUGAUCAUGACCUGUGUCUACAGUCCUAAUAAUUCUUCAGUCAGACAAGGGUCCACACCACAAGCCACAGUUCCCAAGUCUGACGUUUUAAAGCCCACCUUGCAGAGGCCAACCUCAAGGAGUGACACAGAGUAUUUGAAACUUCAGAGUCCUGUCCAGCGCCAUGCAGUGCCCCUUUCAAAAAGUUCCUUGCAGCAACUUGAUGAUAAAACUGUUAUGCUAUCCCGACAGCCAAGUGUAGCAAAUCCUCCAAACGCACUGUACAACAAGAAGAACUUUGGUGGUGCUUCUGGUCAAAUACUAGAAAGGACAGCUCCUCAGAAACCAAUGACCUGGACUUUAAAAAGUGUAGCAGAACCUCCGGGUGUCCAAAGGAUACAUAAGCCAGAACAACCAACUGCAAGCCCAGUUUCACAUGGUUCUGUGCUGCAGCGGAGCAGAGACUCUUCAUGUGGCUUAAAAAAUCUGGAAAUAAGGGAAGUUUUCUCAUUGGCUGCUUCUGACCACCCUUCCAGGACUCUUGGAGCAUGUGUGGUGGAGAGACCCAGGGUGGUAGAAAGCAAUUGUUUUUCUAUUGCUAUGGAAACAGGAGAUGUUAACGAUGAGUAUGCUCGGGAGGAAGAACUGGCAUCGAUGGGUGCACAAAACCAAGCUUCUUCAAGGUUUAGAGAAAUGAACAAUUCCCCUCACAUGGAGACCAGAAGCACGUUAUCUCCAGUAAAGACAGGAAAUUGUAAGACACUUCCAGCCAACACAAGAGACUUACCAGAAAAUGUACUGUAUCAGAACAGAGACUACUAUAUGUCACAUAAUACCUCAACACACAACACAACCAACACACAAUACACGGGUGGUAAUGCCCCAAGGAACAAUAUACAUCCACAUUACACAGUACCCUCUCAACCAAGACUGUCACAGAACCAAAACAACUACCAGGUAAGUCUUUCUUUACUUGCAUCUCGGUUUUGCUUUAUAUAAACUUUUGAGAGGCUGGAAGACCAUAGUUAGAUAACAUAGCUUUCCUCUUUAACUCAAAGUAUCUUUCCAAUGCCAUAUCAAUUCAUAUAUUUAUACAUUAGUCUGCAAAAAAGUGCAUGGAUUAGGGGACUUGAUGACCUUUGCAUUUAGGAUUAACUAAUGCAAAAUCGGUUAUAGAUAAAAUCACUCUCAUAGACAGCCUUUGAGCAUCACAGCGUUUUUCUGCUCAUGGAGACUUGAGUCCCAAUGCUUCCGUAUGGGGAAGCUUCGGCUUGGCUGAGAUCAUCAAUCAUGAUGAUCUCAGGCAGGGAGGCGGAUUUGCAGCACAGAGACCAGCGACAUGCAGGAUGUAAGGUAAGUUAAACUUUUUUCUACCCUUGCAGGGCAGGUAGGUAGGGUAGGUACAUAGAUAGGGAAACAAUAUAGCGUUAGGAAUACGUGUUUGUAUUCCCAACUUGACAGUGUUUCUUUAAAGGGACACUUUAGGCACUAUGAACACUUAAUUUCAUCAAAGUAGUCAUGGUGCCUGAAAUGCUCGGGCACCAUACCUCUGUUCAGCGUUUAACUGUUUUUGUGUAGAUUAACACUGAACGAGGGUCCCUGUCCCACAGCCUAGCAGCCACCAGAGGUAUGGCUAAGUCGUAGAUUGCAUUCUACCAUACCCAUACCAUUCCAUACCAGCUGCGGGUGUCUGUGAUAGGCUGAGAGCAUCACAUCUACAUACUCAAGAGCUGCCAUUCUAAGCUAAAACCUUAUGAUAACAUUAAAAAAAUGACUAUAGAAUUCUAAAAAAUGUGGCCAGAAAAAAAGUUGUUGCUUUUACAAAAUGCUAUUUUUUUUUUGAUUAAGGCAAGAAAAACCAGGACAAAUUAAAAAAAUAAAACAACUAAGCCAAAUUUUGAUAAAGGAUCGCUGAAAACAUGACAAGUCUGCUUUGAUUUUUUUUUUUUCUGAAUGAAUUAUAUGUAGGAAGGAUUAAUUUUCUCAACAAAGAAUGUCAUUGUGCGGGCUGUUUUUAUUUGCGGUUUAAAUUAUUUGAUUUCAUUUCUCAAACGCCGCCUGUUGAGUUUUGUUACUGAUUGUUGCUUUUUUUUACGCAGAUAUCAGGAAACCUCAGUGUGCCUUGGAUUACAGAGUGCUCUAGAAAAAGAACAGUAAGUGGUUGUAAUUAAGUAGCAUUUGUGCAUCUAAUGAAAAUUGCAUCCUCAUUGUGCUUAGAAAAAAAUGGCCUCGCUCUGCUCUUAUAGUAAAGAGGAAAAUACAUUAAUCUCCAUGUGUUUUCUGAGAUUUACGUAAUAGGUGUGAACUGGUUCUAAUUUAUUUUAAUGUAACCCUUCCUAGUAUAAUUACUCACGCAUUCCCCAACAGAAUUCAAAGAGAAAUAUAGCUUUAAUAGAGAUGCAUAUUAACAUAUAAAUUGUUUUUAAUAUUUCUGCAUUUCCCCCCCCCCCUUAUUUUAGAUUUAUGUAGACAUAAUGUAGAGUUCUUCAUAUUGUAUCUGAGCUCACCAUAUUUAACGCCAUAUUUAAAGGGGCAGUCUAAGCAAUAGAGCCACCAUAACCACUUCUACCAUUUUGAAACCAUUUGACAAAAAGACUCUUCUUCAGCCAGCUUGGUAAUACAGAAUUUAUAUUUCCACGUUAUUAAUACGAGUUUCAUAUUCUUGGCUAAAGGUGCUGGGUUAACCAGCCUUUUAUGUUGAAAUGUAAAUUUAUCAAUGUGAAUAUGGGCUGUGGAGAAGAGCUGGAGAAAGCCACAUUUUUUUGUCAAAACAAUACAAUCCAUUCCACUGCGCUGUAGUAGUGGCUUUGUUGUUUAGACUGCCACUUUAAGUCAUAUUUAAAGGAAACUUGAAAUUCUGACAUGAUGACAGAUCCAAGGAGACGCUUAAAGGAUCACUCAAAACACCUAAAGCACAUUAGCUUGCUGAAGUGAUUUACGUGUGAAGUGUGUUCUUUUUCUUUUUUUUUCCUUUUUAAAAAAAGUGCAGGUUUUAAUAAAAAUUGGCAUUUUUAGAAAUUAACUUUGUUAUACCCCGUGGCUGUCAAUCAGAUAACCAAUCCUGUUACUUCCUGGUUUGUUUAGCUCCGUAAAGCUAAACUGAAGAGGCAGCUAGAUAUUGGCCAGAUCACCUGCCUUGCAAAGAUUUUCACUGAGCCGGGGAAAAGGAAAAGGGCUUGCAAAGGAUGCAGACAAACGAUCUGCAGCAUUUACAAGCUGUUUUUAUAUAUACCCCUAAUGAAAAAAAUGCAUAAUUAAAUACAUGCAUGUUAUUAGAGAUAGGACUACUAAAUUGUGUUUUUUUUUUCUUUUUAUGUAUUUGUGCAAUAAAGAGUCCCUCUAAGGAGCAUUCAACCUAAUUUAGGGUUACUCAGUGAAGUGUGAACUGCGUAUUGAAUUAAAAUUACGCCAAAAUAAUUUAAUUGGAAAGGGAAAUCUCCUUUUUUUGCUAUGUUUUUAGUUCAGCUAUUUUGGUCUUGCAUUUGAAAUUAAUUUUAACUUUCAGUAAUUCACUCUUCACUCACAUUUAGUUUUUUAGUUUUUUAUAUUUUUUUUCUUCAUUCUUGAUAUAUUCUUCCCUCUCAUUAUCUGUUUGUCAUGUGAAAAUAUUUACAUUUAUGAACAUUAACCCGAGUUUAUUCAGAUGCACACUCGUCUUUCAGUAGCCGUCACAUUUGUGGCCAUUGGCAUAAAUGUAAGUGCUAAACAAACACAAAUAUAAUUCUGAUUCAUUUUCAUCUGUUAGCAGGAUGGCGAUCACAGCGUAUGAAUGAAACUUUAUUUUAAUCUAGUGCUCUUUUCUAUGCUCUACCUUUAUACAAAUUUGGUGGAAAGCUGAUUUUGCAUGCUAAUGAAAUAUUCCAUUUUGUGAGCCCCUUUAUAAGAUCAAAUUUUCUCCGUGAUCGGUUUUGCAGUCUAAAUGACUCAAUGGUUUGAAGUAUUAUUGUAAGAAAUGCUGUAGAGGAAGCAAUUCUCAGUGGGGAAUUUGGAGCACAUGGGUACAGCGGUUUGUUUAAUCAAAGACCCCAUGAGGAUAUAGAGACACUUCUAACAUUAGCAGGCUUAGCCAUCGCUCACAAUAGAACUUUAAAUAAUAAGUGAGACAGGUUGGACACUCUAUGGGGUUUAAUCACUAAACAGUGUAUUGCUUUCAUUUAAAAAUCAAAGAGCAAAGUUUGUAAAACAGCGGAAUUGGGAGCAUGUUUCUCAUACUGCUAUAUUUGCCUAAAUGUUCUUAUUCUGUUUUUUUAAAUUUUUUAAAUUUUUUAAAUUCAUUACAAUUCCCAGUUAUAAUAAAGUCCUAUGUAACGAUGGCACCGCUGGGUCUGUGAUACAUAAAGUAAAUCUGUCUUACAGCUAUGGCGUUCAGGAUUUUUACUAAACUGUGAAUUCACCAGGGAAUUACAAAUUAUAGUGCAAAAUAACCGAAUCUGAAAAAAAAUCCAUCUCCAUUUCCAACCUCUGGCAUUUCAGCCAAAUAUUUGCUAUAUACUGGUAAUUUCUUACUAUUCUUGGUUUAGUGCAUAACAACGAUGGUGUCAUCAUUAAAGGUACACUCCGGUCACCAUAAUUAAGUUGUUACAGUGCCAGGAGGCCCCUGGGGGCACUAUUACUUUAAGGGGUUAAGCUAUUCUCAAAUGGUUUAACCACAAAGGUUGCCUCCAGCGCCAAUCUCCAGCUUCCCUACGCGGCAUCCGGCUUCUGAAUCUGAUUGGCUGUUAAUUGGCUAGAAUGAUUAGCUGACACUCCAAGUCAAUCAUUAGCUCCCCAUUCAUACAAAAAAAAAGUUUUUAUGAAUGGGGAGUUACUGAUUGGUUUAGAGCCUCAUCUCUCGAACAGUUUAACCCCUUAAGGUAAGAAUGUCUCUGGCGGCCUCUUGACACAAUAACAACUUAACUUAGAUUAAGUUGUUAUGGUGACUGGAGUGUUCAUUUAAGGUAAUCGUGUUUUCGCUUUAACAUGUUACACAGAGGCUUUGUCAUUUACCAGCUGCCAUAUACACAGUAGCCGUUCACAAACCGUCAUGUAGUGGUGGCUACCAUAUCCUAUUUGCAAAUACAAGCAGUCCUUCCACAUGUGACUUUGUUGAUAUAAACCAAUUAAAGAGAAUACCACAGUACGAAUCGUGUUCUGUUCCAUCCAAACUACCGUAAUUACAUUUUUUUUUUUUAAAUAAAAAAAGUUCAGUGAGAUUUUUUUUUUUUUAAAUGGCUAAAAGCAUGUGUUGUCAGCAGCCAAUCAGAACUUAUUAUUUAAGCAGAUGCACUAUUUAAAGGGACAUGCUAAACACUAUACCCACUUCAGCUCAAGGUAGUGAUCAUGUUGUAAUAAUCUUUGGGCCCUACCUCCCCUGGUUCUUUGCCAAACCAUUUAGAAAAGAUUUGAAAAAAAUAUUACAAGUUGCUGUCCACCAGGAUAACACCUACUUGGCCACAUUGUUACUGCAAAAUUUGCACAGUCACAUUUUCAAUGUCAAUUUCGCCCGACCUGCAAUGUUUGGAUGAAGUUAAUGUCAUCAAUGUUGAGUUUAUGCUCUAGUUAUUAUUAUUUAAUUAUUUAUAUAGCGCCAGCAAAUUCUGUAGCGCUGUAGAAUUGGUGGACUAUCAGACACGUAAUUGUAACCAGCCAAAUAAACACACAGGAACAGAGAGAUGUUAAAAGAAAUAUAACUUGUAUUUGUGUGAGGGCAAAUAAGGCCGUAAAGGAAAUAAAAAGGGGGAGGGGAAUAAGUCGGUUGUGGUGUGCCGGAACCGACGUCGUGGUAGGCCUGGAAUAAAAGAGGGCCCACCCAUGAGGUGUAAUGAAAAGUAUAAAUAAAGGGAGUGGAGGGUGGGGACAAGCAAAACGUCAAAACAGAAACGGGACUGAGGAAGGUGAGGAAGGGGUUUAAAUAGGUUAACAUGCCCCUCCCACAACUGCAGGCCAAGCCUUCACAUUUAUGGAUAUUACUGGGAUCUUCUAUCUUGCGUUUUCUGCAGAUCCCAUAUCAGGGGUUGAUUAAAAUGUAAAUUGUUAUCAGAAACAACAAAAAGACAAACCCUUAUAAGGCGGGUACAAAACCUAUCUUAGAGUCACAUACAAUCUUAGCACAAAUAUAGCUGAGACCUACAUAAUCGUUGCCACCCUUUUUGCGACUUCCAAAGCCUUAUGUAAGACUAUUAUCUUAAUGCUAAUGUUACCUGGAUUCAACGCUCAAAAGAUAUCGCAAUGUUUUGUGUGCGACAACUGUCUCAUAUGUGAAUGUGAAAUAUAUUAUUGUGUUUGCUAACCUCGCUAAAAAUGGCAAAAUAAAGAAUUUUUGUAAAAAAAAUUAAAUUGUUGGGAAUUCAUAGCAAAUUCAAAGGAAGUUUAAAAUUUUACACCAAAACAUGCAAUCUUUAAAGCUGACUUUUUUUUUUUCACUUUGGCUAUUUUAUUAUUACCGGGGAGGGUCGACUCAAAUCAAUACCUACUUGUUUAAUUUUUGUCAGUGACAAAAGCACAUUGAAUUCUCACAAAUCAGCAGCCCAUGUAUAAUUUAUUUCAUGCAGGAGUGAGCAGUAGAGAGAUUGCUAUGAAAAUUGAAACACCCAACUCACCAUUGUCAAUCUGCUAUAACACUGUCUAUCUUUUUAAAGAUUCCAGCCUGAUACCUUAUUUUGCCUAAUACGCUGGACAAUGUAACAAAUGCUGAGAUUUUGUGUGAGCUGGGUCUCUGUGCCUGGGAAGCAGUUGAAUUAAUGACUUCUUUUCAGAAACCACUUAUCCAUGUAAAUAGCUGUGAGAUUGUAAAGGCAAAUAGAAAAUAGUUUGACAGCAGGGAAAGCAUUGAUUACCCAGAUUAGCAUUAGUUUCAAGAAUAAAGUACUACCCUUUAUUAUAGAGAAGUUCAUUUCUUUACGGAACAGGACUGGUUCAUGCUGGUUCUAUAGAUUAUCCCAGAACAAUGAGUUACUGAUCACUCAUUUAGUUGCUUGUUGUACAAACUGCAAUUUCUGUCUUUCCUGAACUGAUAUUGCAAGAGAAGCAUUUUCAUAUGGCUUAUUUCUCCCCUGGCUACCCAUCCCCAAAACGCAUUCAAAAAGCAGUUUAGGAGAUGAGUCUACAUUAAGCUCACACAUAGUAAUACUAAACAGAUUUUGCACACUGAACAAGUACAGAAAAUGCUCAGUUUAUUGCCAAGAUAGGUGAUUUAAAACACAUAGCCACUCCUUGCCACUGUUGGUACCACUUUAGAUCUCAUUGAUAUUAUUGCUGUUAGUAAAAUCGGAAAGUCUCCAUAUAGCAAUAUACACUUCCAUUUUGGGGAUACAGUUUCAAUUUCUGCAUUUUUUUGGAUUUUAUAACUUGAUUGGACUCUAAUCAAUUCAAUUCCCUUUAGAUUUUUUUUUAAUAUUAAAGAGACACAAUAGUCACUAAAACUACUACAGCUUAAUGUAUUUGUUCUGGUGCCCUCCAGACAUUUUAAUGUAAACACUGCCUUUUCAGAGUAACACCUCUAGUGGCAGUCACUCAGACAUCUGCUAGAGGUGCUUCCUGGGUCAAUGCUGCACAAUGUACCGCACUGAUUUUCAGUGUCUCCACGCAUUGGCACAGCGUGUUGAUUGGCGCAAUAGCCUCCCAAUGCUUUCCUAUGGGAAAGAACUGGAUUGGCUGACAUCAUCAAUUUGAUGGACCAACGAGGCGCUGGAAGAAAGGUGAGUAAAAACACCUUUCUCUUAGCUGACAAUGGAAAUGUAAAAUGUGUUUUCAUAACUAUAGUGACAGGAAUACUUGUUUGUAUUCCUGUCACUAUAGUGUUCCUUUAAUAAAGAUACUAUUGCAUUUUUGAACUGUGCAUUUUCUAUAGUUUUGUUUUUAGAGCAUUAUCUGUUUUGAUAUUGUGUGUAUAUAUUGUAUUUUAUUUAGGACAAAUAUAUUCUAGAUACUUACACCCAUCUCCAUGGAUUUUAACCUCAUCAGGUGCCUGCAUGCCUCCCAUCUGUCCCACAUUCAGAUGGACAGUCCCGAUCUUCGGGUCCUGUUCCACCUUAGUUUCCUGGUGUCUUGCAUUUGGGGACUCCAUUCAUAGCACAAGUGUAUUAAAAGUCACGCUUGCGCUAUAAUUUUGGCACUAGGACCCUGCAGUGACGGCUGAAACUGUGCAUUCACGCCAGGCUGACCUGUCAUUAACCCAGACCUUUGUGAUGGGCCCACCACUUUGUGGGUGGGGCUAGUGACCAACCAAGUGUCCCUAUUUAGGAGGGACAGUCCCUAUUUUGGGCCCAAAUACCUCCGUCACUAUGUUCUAUUCUAAUAACCCUCUUUUCUAGAAGCUCUGUAUUUUUGGAGUGUAUAACAGAGUUCCACAACAAUAAUACUUAGAAACAUAGAAUGUGACAGCAGAUAAGAACCAUUCGGCCCAUCUAGUCUCCACAAUUUUUUAAGUACUUUCAUUAGUCCCUGGGCUUAUCUUAUAGUUAGGAUAGCCUUAUGUCUAUCCCACGCAUGCUUAAACUCCUUUACUGUGUUAACCUCUACCACUUCAGCUGAUUUUAUUUUUAAACCUUUGCCCCUCUAAUUGAAGAUUAUGUCCUCUUGUUGUGGUAGUUUUUCUUCUUUUAAAUAUAGUCUCCUCCUUUACUGUGUUGAUUCUAAAUUUGAAAGCUAAGUACUCUUUCUAAACUGAACUACAAAUCCCAUGAUCCUCUAGCAUCCACAUAAUUUUAUUGGGACUUGGGGAUUUCUAAUAAUCCCUUUUCAUACAGUUUUUAACGAUUGCUUAUGCAGAAACUACUUUAAAUUAAUGUCUGAGUAUGGGAGAAGGCUGGAACAGGGUAUGGAAGAUGGAACACUAAUCAGGAUGAAGGGAUUUAGAGUAAGGUAGGUGUAGAAUCAUUACCUUGGCCUAGAAAUUAAUAUUACUCCUCUAUAUUCAAGUCCAGAGAGUCCCCAUUUGUGUAGACUCCAAGUUGCCAGACCGCUGUUAUAAUCUCAGUAUUUUUUAUUUUUUUUGUUUGGGCAUUCUAAAAUCUUGACUGUUUGUCUUGCCUUGUUGUCAGAGAACUGUAAGAGAUGAAUAGUAACAUAAUUCAUUCGUAAAAUUGUGUCUGCUCAUAAUGGUGGUGCAAAAAGGAAGAUGUCAUUGUCACAUUGUCAUCAGCAGAAAAACAGUGUAAUUCUGGACUAUAAUAUUUUGAACUUAAAUGAAUACUUUUGCUCUCUCCCCCACCCUCCCCCCAGAAAAGAGAGAAAAUUCUCUGUUUAUAUGAAAUACCCCAAAUGAAGUUAUACUAAGCCAAAAACCCAGGAAAUAAAAGAACUAGUUGUCUGAUUGACAAUCAGGAAGGGUGUAACAAGAUUAAUUUAUCAAUGGGCCAAUUUCUAUUGAAAUCUGCACUUUUCUUUUAAUGCAAAAAUGACACACUCUUCUCACAUAAAGCACUUCAGCAAACCUUAGGGGUCUGGAGUGUCCCUUUAAGGCAUCCAAGUUACUCUCAUGAACUUGCUGAACAGCAGGUGAAAUGUACUUCACAAAUAAAUGCAGUGCCAAGCUGGCCCGUUGAUGCCACCGUUUAAAUGUUCUUUGUAGUGUUGCAUUUGAUAACCAUGUCUAACUUUUUCCUUUAGCUCCAGGACCGCACCCAGUUCAGCGACCGUGACCUGGCGAUAUUGAAAAAGUACUGGGACAACGGAAUGACUAGCCUUGGUUCAGUUUGCCGAGAAAAAAUUGAGGCAGUAGCUCUAGAAUUAAUAGUUGACUGUGAAAUAGUACGGGUAAGAUGAUGCAUUGAGCAAUCCUUUCAUGUGCAGAAACCCAAACAUCAUUGGGAUAAUUUAUUAGCAGAGAUGCAUUCUUUUUAAAAAAUUUUUACAGAUCAUUGCACGUAGUAGAUGUGGUUAAUGAAGCCCGAAAUCAAACGUGCAUUGCCGAUCUGUAGAAAAUGCACUUGUGUACUCGAUUGAAUGCUUUCAAAACACAUUCCAUUUUUAGUGACUUUACCCAUGUGUAGGGUGGCCAGUGUUCCAAGUACUGCUGUGAAAUGACUCGGGCCGCUUUUAUAAUUUAGGUACAAAUGCUGAUUCCUAGAAAGUAGCAUUUAGAGAUUAGUAGAUUUGAAAUUAAAUCGACUACAAUUUCUAGAGAUUAAUAUAUCUGGAGUUCGUGGUCAUGCGCGGCAGAAACUGGCUUAACAGGUUUAUUCUUCAACAUUAUAGAGCUCUGGCAGUCACAGUCGUGGAAGGAAUUAAUUCACUGGCAUCAUUCUAGUCCACUGUUGACAUGAUUGAUGGGCUUGACAUGUCCACCUUGGCCAGCUGUCCACCAAUUUCCUGUCUUACCUAGUGACAAAUCAAUUCUGACCGCUAGAUUUAGCAGUUCUACUAAUUAAUUUAAGCUAAUCCAUUUAUGUUUAGUGUUUAAUAUAUUAAACCUUAAUAUCCUUUUGGUCGUGUGCCUAUUCUAGUAUUAUAAUGUAAUUAUCUGUUGAAUAUGAUAAUCUGUUAAACAUGGCAAAAAUAUUUUAACCCACAUAUAUGAACUCAACUAACAGCAAAUAAAAGUGAAUGUAUGAAAAGGGAUAUGUGAGAAGUAUGUAAAAUAUACAAUAAAGGGCGAGCAGUAGAGUAAGAUGAGGUUAUUUUAAAUUAAAGAGUGGAUUCCAGAGGUGAAUGCAUCAAGUUGUUGAGGUCUUCUAUUGAAAUCUAUUAAUGGUAUAAUGAAAUCCGAGAAUGCUUGAGAAAUGCAAUAAGUGGGUACGAGGAUGUGGUGCUAUGAGAGUAUGUUUACUGUGUUAGAGGUGUAUUCCAGUGAAGGUAUCGGGUAUCGUCCAUUAGAUGUGUUGCAGUAAGGAUAUCCUCUGUUAGAGAUGUAUUGCAGUGAGUAUAUCCUCAGAUAGAGAUGUAUUCCAGUGAGGAUAUCAGGGUAUCGUCCAUUAGAUGUGUUGCAGUGAGGAUAUCCUCUGUAAGAAAUGUAUUGCAGUGAGGGUAUUCUCUGUAAGAGAUAUAUUGCAGUGAGGAUAUCCUCUGUUAGAGAUAUAUUGCAGUGAGGAUAUUCUCUGUUAGAGAUAUAUUGCAGUGAGGAUAUCCUCUGUUAGUGAUAUAUUGAAGUAAUGGUAUCCUCUGUUAGAGAUAUAUCGCAGUGAGGGCAUCCUCUGUUAGAGAUAAAUUGCAGUGAUGAUAUCCUCUGUUAGAGGAUAUAUUGCAGUGAGGAUAUCCUCUGUUAGAGAUAUAUUGCAGUGAUGAUAUCCUCUGUUAGAGGAUAUAUUGCAGUGAGGAUAUCCUCUGUUAGAGAUAUAUUGCAGUGAGGAUAUCCUCUAUUAGUGAUAUAUUUCAGUGAGGAUAUCCUCUGUUAGAGAUAUAUUGCAUUGAUUGUAUCCUCUGUUAGUGAUAUAUUGCAGUGAGAAUAUCCUCUGUUAGUGAUAUAUUGCAGUAAUGGUAUCCUCUGUUAGAGAUUUAUUGCAGUGGGGAUAUCCUCUGUUAGAGAUAUAUUGCAGUGAUGGUAUCCUCUGUUAGAGAUAUAUUGCAGUGAUGGUAUCCUCUGUUAGUGAUAUAUUGCAGUGAGGAUAUCCUCUGUUAGUGAUAUAUUGCAGUAAGGAUAUCCUCUGUUAGAGAAAUAUUGCAGUGAGGAUAUCCUCUGUUAGUGAUAUAUUGCAGUAAUGGUAUCCUCUGUUAGAGAUAUAUUGCAGUGAGGAUAUCCUCUGUUGGAGAUAUAUUGCAGUGAUUGUAUCCUCUUUUAGUGAUAUAUUGCAGUGGGGAUAUCCUCUGUUAGAGAUAUAUUGCAGUGAUGGUAUCCUCUGUUAGUGAUAUAUUGCAGUGAGAAUAUCCUCUGUUAGUGAUAUAUUGCAGUAAUGGUAUCCUCUGUUAGAGAUUUAUUGCAGUGGGGAUAUCCUCUGUUAGAGAUAUAUUGCAGUGAUGGUAUCCUCUGUUAGAGAUAUAUUGCAGUGAUGGUAUCCUCUGUUAGUGAUAUAUUGCAGUGAGGAUAUCCUCUGUUAGUGAUAUAUUGCAGUAAGGAUAUCCUCUGUUAGAGAAAUAUUGCAGUGAGGAUAUCCUCUGUUAGUGAUAUAUUGCAGUAAUGGUAUCCUCUGUUAGAGAUAUAUUGCAGUGAGGAUAUCCUCUGUUGGAGAUAUAUUGCAGUGAUUGUAUCCUCUGUUAGUGAUAUAUUGCAGUGAGGAUAUCCUCUGUUAGUGAUAUAUUGCAGUAAUGGUAUCCUCUGUUAGAGAUUUAUUGCAGUGGGGAUAUCCUCUGUUAGAGAUAUAUUGCAGUGAUGGUAUCCUCUGUUAGAGAUAUAUUGCAGUGAUGGUAUCCUCUGUUAGUGAUAUAUUGCAGUGAGGAUAUCCUCUGUUUGAGAUAUAUUGCAGUGAGGAUAUCCUCUGUUAGUGAUAUAUUGCAGUAAUGGUAUCCUCUGUUAGAGAUAUAUUGCAGUGAGGAUAUCCUCUGUUGGAGAUAUAUUGCAGUGAGGAUAUCCUCUGUUAGAGAUAUAUUGCAGUGAGGAUAUCCUCUGUUAGAGAUAUAUUGCAGUGAUGGUAUCCUCUGUUAGAGAUAUAUUGCAGUGAGGAUAUCCUCUGUUAGUGAUAUAUUGCAGUAAGGAUAUCCUCUGUUAGAGAUAUAUUGCAGUGAGGAUAUCCUCUGUUAGAGAUAUAUUGCAGUGAGGAUAUCCUAUGUUAGUGAUAUAUUGCAGUGAGGAUAUCCUCUGUUAGAGAUAUAUUGCAGUGAGGAUAUCCUAUGUUAGUGAUACAUUACAGUGAGGAUAUCCUCUGUUAGUGAUAUAUUGCAGUAAUGGUAUCCUCUGUUAGAGAUAUAUUGCAGUGAGGAUAUCCUCUGUUGGAGAUAUAUUGCAGUGAGUGUAUCCUCUGUUAGUGAUAUAUUGCAGUGAUUAUCCUCUGUUAGUGAUAUAUUGCAGUAAUGGUAUCCUCUGUUAGAGAUUUAUUGCAGUGGGGAUAUCCUCUGUUAGAGAUAUAUUGCAGUGAUGGUAUCCUCUGUUAGUGAUAUAUUGCAGUGAGGAUAUCCUCUGUUAGAGAUAUAUUGCAGUGAGGAUAUCCUCUGUUAGUGAUAUAUUGCAGUAAUGGUAUCCUCUGUUAGAGAUAUAUUGCAGUGAGGAUAUCCUCUGUUGGAGAUAUAUUGCAGUGAGGAUAUCCUCUGUUAGAGAUAUAUUGCAGUGAUGGUAUCCUCUGUUAGAGAUAUAUUGCAGUGAUGGUAUCCUCUGUUAGUGAUAUAUUGCAGUGAGGAUAUCCUCUGUUAGUGAUAUAUUGCAGUAAGGAUAUCCUCUGUUAGAGAUAUAUUGCAGUGAGGAUAUCCUCUGUUAGAGAUAUAUUGCAGUAAGGAUAUCCUCUGUUAGUGAUAUAUUGCAGUGGGGAUAUCCUCUGUUAGAGAUAUAUUGCAGUGAUGGUAUCCUCUGUUAGUGAUAUAUUGCAGUGAUGGUAUCCUCUGUUAGUGAUAUAUUGCAGUGAGGAUAUCCUCUGUUAGUGAUAUAUUGCAGUGAGGAUAUCCUCUGUUAGAGAUAUAUUGCAGUGAGGAUAUCCUCUGUUAGAGGAUAUAUUGCAGUGAGGAUAUCCUCUGUUAGAGAUAUAUUGCAGUGAGGAUAUCCUCUAUUAGUGAUAUAUUGCAGUGAGAAUAUCCUCUGUUAGUGAUAUAUUGCAGUAAUGGUAUCCUCUGUUAGAGAUUUAUUGCAGUGAGGAUAUCCUCUGUUAGUGAUAUAUUGCAGUAAUGGUAUCCUCUGUUAGAGAUUUAUUGCAGUGAGGAUAUCCUCUGUUAGAGAUAUAUUGCAGUAAGGAUAUCCUCUGUUAGAGAUAUAUUGCAGUGAGGAUAUCCUCUGUUAGAGAUAUAUUGCAGUGAGGAUAUCCUAUGUUAGUGAUACAUUGCAGUGAGGAUAUCCUCUGUUAGUGAUAUAUUGCAGUAAUGGUAUCCUCUGUUAGAGAUAUAUUGCAGUGAGGAUAUCCUCUGUUGGAGAUAUAUUGCAGUGAGUGUAUCCUCUGUUAGUGAUAUAUUGCAGUGAGGAUAUCCUCUGUUAGUGAUAUAUUGCAGUAAUGGUAUCCUCUGUUAGAGAUUUAUUGCAGUGGGGAUAUCCUCUGUUAGAGAUAUAUUGCAGUGAUGGUAUCCUCUGUUAGUGAUAUAUUGCAGUGAGGAUAUCCUCUGUUAGAGAUAUAUUGCAGUGAGGAUAUCCUCUGUUAGUGAUAUAUUGCAGUAAUGGUAUCCUCUGUUAGAGAUAUAUUGCAGUGAGGAUAUCCUCUGUUGGAGAUAAAUUGCAGUGAGGAUAUCCUCUGUUAGAGAUAUAUUGCAGUGAUGGUAUCCUCUGUUAGAGAUAUAUUGCAGUGAGGAUAUCCUCUGUUAGUGAUAUAUUGCAGUAAUGGUAUCCUCUGUUAGAGAUAUAUUGCAGUGAGGAUAUCCUCUGUUAGAGAUAUAUUGCAGUGAUGGUAUCCUCUGUUAGAGAUAUAUUGCAGUGAUGGUAUCCUCUGUUAGUGAUAUAUUGCAGUGAGGAUAUCCUCUGUUAGUGAUAUAUUGCAGUAAGGAUAUCCUCUGUUAGAGAUAUAUUGCAGUGAGGAUAUCCUCUGUUAGAGAUAUAUUGCAGUAAGGAUAUCCUCUGUUAGUGAUAUAUUGCAGUGAGGAUAUCCUCUGUUAGUGAUAUAUUGCAGUGGGGAUAUCCUCUGUUAGAGAUAUAUUGCAGUGAUGGUAUCCUCUGUUAGAGAUAUAUUGCAGUGAGGAUAUCCUCUGUUAGAGAUAUAUUGCAGUGAUGGUAUCCUCUGUUAGUGAUAUAUUGCAGUGAGGGUAUCCUCUGUUAGUGAUAUAUUGCAGUGAGGAUAUCCUCUGUUAGAGAUAUAUUGCAGUGAGGAUAUCCUAUGUUAGUGAUACAUUGCAGUGAGGAUAUCCUCUGUUAGAGAUAUAUUGCAGUGAUGGUAUCCUCUGUUAGAGAUAUAUUGCAGUGAGGCUAUCCUCUGUUAGUGAUAUAUUGCAGUGAUGGUAUCCUCUGUUAGUGAUAUAUUGCAGUGAUGGUAUCCUCUGUUAGUGAUAUAUUGCAGUGAGGAUAUCCUCUGUUAGUGAUAUAUUGCAGUGAGGAUAUCCUCUGUUAGAGAUAUAUUGCAGUGAGGAUAUCCUCUGUUAGAGAUAUAUUGCAGUGAUGGUAUCCUCUGUUAGAGAUAUAUUGUAGUGAGGAUAUCCUCUGUUAGUGAUAUAUUGUAGUGAGGAUAUCCUCUGUUAGAGAUAUAUUGCAGUGAGGAUAUCCUCUGUUAGAGAUAUAUUGCAGUGAUGGUAUCCUCUGUUAGAGAUAUAUUGCAGUGAUGGUAUCCUCUGUUAGUGAUAUAUUGCAGUGAGGAUAUCCUCUGUUAGUGAUAUAUUGCAGUAAGGAUAUCCUCUGUUAGAGAUAUAUUGCAGUGAGGAUAUCCUCUGUUAGAGAUAUAUUGCAGUAAGGAUAUCCUCUGUUAGUGAUAUAUUGCAGUGAGGAUAUCCUCUGUUAGUGAUAUAUUGCAGUGGGGAUAUCCUCUGUUAGAGAUAUAUUGCAGUGAUGGUAUCCUCUGUUAGAGAUAUAUUGCAGUGAGGAUAUCCUCUGUUAGAGAUAUAUUGCAGUGAUGGUAUCCUCUGUUAGUGAUAUAUUGCAGUGAGGGUAUCCUCUGUUAGUGAUAUAUUGCAGUGAGGAUAUCCUCUGUUAGAGAUAUAUUGCAGUGAGGAUAUCCUAUGUUAGUGAUACAUUGCAGUGAGGAUAUCCUCUGUUAGAGAUAUAUUGCAGUGAUGGUAUCCUCUGUUAGAGAUAUAUUGCAGUGAGGCUAUCCUCUGUUAGUGAUAUAUUGCAGUGAUGGUAUCCUCUGUUAGUGAUAUAUUGCAGUGAUGGUAUCCUCUGUUAGUGAUAUAUUGCAGUGAGGAUAUCCUCUGUUAGUGAUAUAUUGCAGUGAGGAUAUCCUCUGUUAGAGAUAUAUUGCAGUGAGGAUAUCCUCUGUUAGAGAUAUAUUGCAGUGAUGGUAUCCUCUGUUAGAGAUAUAUUGUAGUGAGGAUAUCCUCUGUUAGUGAUAUAUUGUAGUGAGGAUAUCCUCUGUUAGAGAUAUAUUGUAGUGAGGAUAUCCUCUGUUAGAGAUAUAUUGUAGUGAUGGUAUCCUCUGUUAGAGAUAUAUUGCAGUGAUGGUAUCCUCUGUUAGUGAUAUAUUGCAGUGAGGAUAUCCUCUGUUAGUGAUAUAUUGUAGUGAGGAUAUCCUCUGUUAGAGAUAUAUUGCAGUGAGGAUAUCCUCUGUUAGAGAUAUAUUGCAGUGAUGGUAUCCUCUGUUAGAGAUAUAUUGUAGUGAGGAUAUCCUCUGUUAGUGAUAUACAGGGAGUGCAGAAUUAUUAGGCAAAUGAGUAUUUUGACCACAUCAUCCUCUUUAUGCAUGUUGUCUUACUCCAAGCUGUAUAGGCUCGAAAGCCUACUACCAAUUAAGCAUAUUAGGUGAUGUGCAUCUCUGUAAUGAGAAGUGGUGUGGUCUAAUGACAUCAACACCCUAUAUCAGGUGUGCAUAAUUAUUAGGCAACUUCCUUUCCUCUGGCAAAAUGGGUCAAAAGAAGGACUUGACAGGCUCAGAAAAGUCAAAAAUAGUGAGAUAUCUUGCAGAGGGAUGCAGCACUCUUAAAAUUGCAAAGCUUCUGAAGCGUGAUCAUCGAACAAUCAAGCGUUUCAUUCAAAAUAGUCAACAGGGUCGCAAGAAGCGUGUGGAAAAACCAAGGCGCAAAAUAACUGCCCAUGAACUGAGAAAAGUCAAGCGUGCAGCUGCCACGAUGCCACUUGCCACCAGUUUGGCCAUAUUUCAGAGCUGCAACAUCACUGGAGUGCCCAAAAGCACAAGGUGUGCAAUACUCAGAGACAUGGCCAAGGUAAGAAAGGCUGAAAGACGACCACCACUGAACAAGACACACAAGCUGAAACGUCAAGACUGGGCCAAGAAAUAUCUCAAGACUGAUUUUUCUAAGGUUUUAUGGACUGAUGAAAUGAGAGUGAGUCUUGAUGGGCCAGAUGGAUGGGCCCGUGGCUGGAUUGGUAAAGGGCAGAGAGCUCCAGUCCGACUCAGACGCCAGCAAGGUGGAGGUGGAGUACUGGUUUGGGCUGGUAUCAUCAAAGAUGAGCUUGUGGGGCCUUUUUGGGUUGAGGAUGGAGUCAAGCUCAACUCCCAGUCCUACUGCCAGUUCCUGGAAGACACCUUCUUCAAGCAGUGGUACAGGAAGAAGUCUGCAUCCUUCAAGAAAAACAUGAUUUUCAUGCAGGACAAUGCUCCAUCACACGCGUCCAAGUACUCCACAGCGUGGCUGGCAAGAAAGGGUAUAAAAGAAGAAAAUCUAAUGACAUGGCCUCCUUGUUCACCUGAUCUGAACCCCAUUGAGAACCUGUGGUCCAUCAUCAAAUGUGAGAUUUACAAGGAGGGAAAACAGUACACCUCUCUGAACAGUGUCUGGGAGGCUGUGGUUGCUGCUGCACGCAAUGUUGAUGGUGAACAGAUCAAAACACUGACAGAAUCCAUGGAUGGCAGGCUUUUGAGUGUCCUUGCAAAGAAAGGUGGCUAUAUUGGUCACUGAUUUGUUUUUGUUUUGUUUUUGAAUGUCAGAAAUGUAUAUUUGUGAAUGUUGAGAUGUUAUAUUGGUUUCACUGGUAAUAAUAAAUAAUUGAAAUGGGUAUAUAUUUGUUUUUUGUUAAGUUGCCUAAUAAUUAUGCACAGUAAUAGUCACCUGCACACACAGAUAUCCCCCUAACAUAGCUAUAACUAAAAACAAACUAAAAACUACUUCCAAAAAUAUUCAGCUUUGAUAUUAAUGAGUUUUUUGGGUUCAUUGAGAACAUGGUUGUUGUUCAAUAAUAAAAUUAAUCCUCAAAAAUACAACUUGCCUAAUAAUUCUGCACUCCCUGUAUUGUAGUGAGGAUAUCCUCUGUUAGAGAUAUAUUGUAGUGAUGGUAUCCUUUGUGUUGCAUAGUAUGUAUUACAUUUGAGCACGGUAAAAAUGUUCAUUUUCUGUGAACUGAUUUGGUUCAGAUUUUUUUAAUUUUUUUUUUAUUCUGACAAGUUUUGGUUUUGAAUAAUUGUGAUUCAGCCCAAAAUUUGGUUGAGUUCCAAAAAUUUGGUUUUGCCCAGAUAUAGCUGGGUAAGCCUUACAAUGAACAUAAAAUAAAGCUGUUCCUGUAAACAUUUCUGAAGCUGUAAAUUAGUGAUUCAAAGUUGGUGUUAAGUGGCAGUAGAUACUUGCAGCAGCCACCGCAAAACUAAUUCUGUCGCAAUAUUCGAUUUAUUCGUAUUUUAUAUACAAUUCUGUUUGGUAUUCAGAAAUUCGGCCAAACGCCCAAUCAGCCCAAAUUCGGCCCAUACCAAAUCUCCAAGGCUAGUAUGGAUCCUCUUUCACUGUGAGAUGAUACAGUGUUUGUGUGCUUAGUUAAAUAGAUUUGUUGAAGUGAGCGUAACCUCAGAAGCAAAGAUGGGGUGAAGUGCACGUGGCCCUAGAAAAAUGUAUGGGGUGCAAUUAGAGUUACGUAAGUAGGAUAGAUGGGGUACAAUCCAGGUAGUCUCUUUUUUUAGAAAUUAAUUGCAAUUAGUGUAGCCUCAUCCACACAUAUAAGGUGCAAUCAUUGUAUUCUCAAUCCCAGAUAUGUGGCGCAGUGGGCGUUGUCAAACAUGCAGAAAUAGCUUUAAACAAAAUCCUUCCCACGAUGCAAACAACUCGGUAAGGCUGUGUAUAAAUGCUGGCAGACUAUAAAAGAGAUUUGCAAGGCUCUGGGUUUUUUUGUGUGGCAGGACAUGAAUUCCAGCACUGAAGAAGCCCUUUAAAAUUGCAUGAGAUGAGACUAGCACACAGCUCGACGAGUUGCCAAAAAUAGAUUUUAGCUCCUGUAUAAUGAAUAGCUCUGUUACAUACUACUUACUCAUUCUGUCGCUGCAGCUAAAUAUAGUCCCAAACCCUCAGGUGAGGGGCCUUUUAUUGAUCAGCCCGAGAGCUGCAUUUAUUUGAUCAAGGAAAUGAUACAAGGAGUUAUAUUUCGGGAACACGACAAACUAUCGCUGUAUAAGCACUUUCCUUAUUUAUUUUUUCUGCAGGAUCCUUAGGAGGAUAUGAAGGCCUUUCUUAAAGGGAAAGAAAAAAAUUCAUUAAUCAUGUGUAUUUUUUUGUGUGUUUUUCUUUGGGAAGCAGUAUAAAAACAUAUUUGGGUAGAGAAAACUCAAAAAUAAUACUACUAAUAAUACAUGCAUUAUUGCAUCAUCAUUCCUCUUCCUUAUGGGAGGCACACAUUCUUUAAAAUAUGGAAAUACUAAUUCUUCUUCUUACUUUUGACCUUUUUUGGAACAUGCUUCCAGUCCAGGGAUCUUCUACUCCAAGCUGAUACUAAUAUAUUUUGAUGCACUUGUCAUAAUAUGACAAUUAUAUACUGAAUUUCUUUAAAAGGUAUAGAUUCACCAAUUGAACACGGACAGAAGAAAACAUGGGAACACUGCAAGGCAUUCCUCUUUUUCUGUGUAUCAAGUACAAAAAGCACUUAAAAGGACACUCCACUGCCCGUAUAAAAAACCCACUAUUUAUUAGAUAUAACUCCAAUGAACGUAUGUGUAAAUUUAAUCAUGCAUUUUUCUUCAUUAGGGGUUUAUCCAAAAACAGCUUACAAAAGCUGACAAUCUCUUGUUUAAAGCCUCUGCAAGCCCUCCCCUUCUAACCCCGCCCAGACUUUCUGUGGCUGUCAAAUCACAGACUUUGCAAUGCAGCUCAAUGAGAAUCUUUGCAAGGCAGGUGUUCUGGGCAAUUACUGCCUCUUGAGUUUAACUUCACUGAGCUAAACAACUAGGAAGUAACAUGGUCGGUUGUUUGAUUGACAGUCAGGGGGUGUAACAAGGUUAAUUCAUUAGAGUGCUAAUUUCUAUUGAAAUCUGCAUUUUUUGCAAAAUGCAGUCUUCACAAUCUUAAUGCCAAAUGGCAAAGGUUAGCACUCCAUACGUUUAAACCAUACAAGAAAUCUUCCCCUUUAUUACAGUAGCUUCUCUCCCAUUAUUGCAUCGGCAAGGUUUAAAGGAACAGAAGGCUUUUUUGGGAGGAGUUGGAGGAAUAGAUAAAACAUUGCAAUGUGGAAAAAAUAAAUUAAAAAAAAUAGCCUUUUGUAUUAAAACGUACUGUCCUAAUUAGGGAUCACCAGAACGGCAGCAGCCUUCAUCUCCAUCAUCUUCCUUGUUACCAUUAUUGUUGCUGUAUGGCUCACAACCCAUUUACAAAACACAUGAUAUAUUUGUCUUCUGUCUCCUCCAGGAGUUAAUCUUGUAAUUAUGAAGUGAUAUCACACAUCCGAUGAUGUCACUGUCUGUCUGUCUGUCUGUGUGUUCCAUGAAAGUCUACAUCUGUCAGGAUCAAGAUACAAAUGUAUCUACAAGUUUGCAAAAGACAUAAAAAUUGAGCCCUGCGUUCAAACUUCCACUACUUCUGGAUGGUAGCAAUGGCCACAGUAUCCAUCAGCCAAAACACAUAGUAACAAAAAGUAAAACGUUUUUACAAAAGACUCUAAACCAAAUAGCCGCAAUACAUUGAGUAAAAAAAAAAAUAUAUAUAUAUCAAUAUAACUUUGAUUAAUUCCCAUUGUUUCCAACACACAGGAGAUAAUAGAUCUUACAAACACCAUGUAGUAUCUGAGCUGAGUUUCCUUUGAUGUGGAUUCCCGAGCCAUCUAGCUGGCUUCCAUGUGUAUGAAUAGGCAUGUUUUACCUGGAAUAAAAUAAGGAACAUCAGUACGGAGCUAAAAGCGUAAUAAAUUUUAAGAACAUAAUAAAAAAAUUUUUUAAAAGUACUGGCCAGUAUGUUUAAGCAACAGGAAACAGUGAUUCUCUCAACUGAAUUAUUUUUCUUCGCCGAUUAUCUUUAGUAUAAUGGUUUAUGAAAGAAAAGGCUCAUUCACAUUGCUAACACAUGCCUGUGAGUUACAUGUUGGUUUUAAGCUACACAUUUUAACAAUAAUGUGAUAUAAAAUGUAUCAACGAUCCAUCUGGCAGAAAUCACGGUUAGUGUUGCUAUAGUAACCGAAGCCUUGCAUCCCAUUGAUCAAAGUAACUGGAUAAAUUCAAGGACCCUUAGGAAAAUCCAUCAUAGAAGACCUUCAGUGAGUAUUUACAGACUAUGCAACACUGAAACCUGUGCAUCCUUACAUCAAACAGCAUCUCACAUGUUUUUCUAGUUUUUUUUUCAAUUACUCCUGGUCUCUUGUUGCCUAUUAACUAAAGCAUAAUCUCCAUGAGUGUGUUUUCCCUGGCAAUAACUAAAUUGGAAGUUAAGACCUUGAAAUGGUCCUCUGCCCCCUUCCUCCCGAGUGUUGUCUUUCUUUAUUGAAAUGAUUUGUCGUUCAUCACCCAUUCUCAUACUUAGAACUGAAGUACUGUUACAUUAGGUGGGCAAAGAAAUUAGAGGAUCUGAAAAGAAAAAAGGAUGGUCCACAUGUCAUUGAUGUGAAUCUGUUUUUCUUAAAACUAUUUAAAUCAUUUAAAUAAAGUUUUCUUUCCUCACAUACCCUAAAUAUUUUUUCAUUAUUUUCAACAGACGUGGAUAGGAAACCGAAGAAGGAAAUACCGAUUGAUGGGGAUUGAGGUCCCACCUCCAAGAGGUGGCCCUGCUUCUUUCUCCGAUCAGCAUGAUUCGGGAUCAGUAUUAACUCCAGGAGAUGAUCCAGUUGCAGAAGUCAUUGAAGAUAAUGAUCGGAAUGAUGACAUUUCCAUUUGCCUCUCGGAGGAAAGCUCCCAAGGUAUGGGAAGAUUGUCCAUCCUACGAAGGACUAAAUAUUUAAAGCAACUCUGUCAGAACCCAAAAAAAGAAAAAUCAGUAUUUCAUAAAGAUAACAUGUAGUGAUUACCCAAAUUCAGCCAUUCACCCCAAUAAUCAGUGCAUGUGAGCAUGGUUCACAUAAGCCACCCAACAGAGGAAUCUGUGGAUAAACGUGGAACCACAAUUUUGGUAAGAUGAUAUAGUAUAGAUCUAUAGUCAUCAUAGGGGCAUCAGCUGCUCAUUUUAUUAAAUUGUUACUGGGUUAAACAUUAAAGGGAGAAUUCCAAGUGAAUUUCAAAGUUAAGGUAAAAGUAGCCAAAAUGGGAAAAUCUUCCAAGUCAGCUAUUCUCUUAGUUUCUCUUCAUUGGACUUAAAUUUGAAAUUUAGUUUAAAUUCUCCCUUAGUGCAUAACCCUGUAAAUCACACAACAGUGAUGUGAUAGCAAUUUAAAUGUCCUUCUAUGAGAUCAGCCAAUGUUCAGCUGACAUUCUUUUGAACUCGGUACUGCGUUGCAUUCAAGCACAGCCAUCCAGUGUCCUUAGGCAGGGUCUAAUUUAAUUCACAACAAUUGUGCAAUGCUGGCUGAAACUAAUUUGCCUCUCAAGGUGUUAAAUUCUAGUUCUGGCUAAAGUGGAGGAGAAAGCUCUUGUCCCUAUCAAGUUCCAAUUUUGGCUCCUCCAGACACAUCCUUUUUUUUUAUCAGAUGAAUUAAAUAUAACUCUAUAAUGCACAUUAACACCAAUAACUUUCCGUGGAGGUUGUUAUCGCCCGAGUACAAAUUUUUAAAGACAUUCUGUGUCUCUAAUGUGUGCUUUGUUUACAGUGCAUUAUAAUUACUAAAUAAUUAGCGUGUAGCUGGCAAGUUGUGAAUAAACGAGGACAGCUUACGUCUUUUAAGGCUGUGAUGAUCUACUGUUGCCUUUUAAUAUUGCAGAAUGCAGAUGAAUGUACGAGGGGAAACAUAUUGAGUUUCGGAAUUUGUUGCUGCAGAUUUUCAAUGUUUUUUUAGGAUAGAAAUCACUUUACCAGAAACCAGAAGCCGAUAUCUAAAAAAAAAUGGGGCAAUAAGCAUGGAAUCCAAUCGAAUCAGCAUGAACAUUCCGUUGGUUUCCAUGGUGACUGAUCCACUUCUUGAGCUUUGCCCCACUUUUCUGUUUGCAAGACCUUUUUUUUAUGGAUUUAUUACAUUGUUUCAGUGAUGCACAUCAACCAUUUGUUUAAUUCAAGCACCAGCCUUGCUGGUUUUAAAUAAACUCUGCCUUAACACUUACUAGGUAUGGUUGUGGGAUUCACUGGGUUCACAUAGCUAGUUUAGCUGUGGAUCUGUAUGGCUCAGCUUUUAAUAUAGUGGAACGGAAAUAAAAGAACAAAAUAGCAUUACAUUAGUAGCGUCUUUGACCCUACAGUUCCUGUUUGUGGUUUUUCGUUUUUUUUUUUUUUAUAUAUAUAAAUGUAAAUGAGUAAAAUUGUAAUAAUCUGGCUAAUCCUGACCAGUCAUUUUUCUGUUUUUAUUCUGUUGUGUUAUAAUGUUGCAAAACAUUAUUAAUUGUUACCUGAAGAAACGGCUAUAAAUAUGGACAAAUUACCGGCUCUGGAAAAGGCCUUCUUUGCACUAUAUCUCCCAUAUUUCUUAUCAAGAAGAACAAUGCCUCUUUUGUCCCAAUUGCUUUGUUGUCUCUUUGCUCGGCCAACCGUUCUUUGGUGCUUGGGAUGUUGUUGACUACAGAUUUUAUGCUUAGAGGAACAAGACAAGUACCAUGACCACUACAGUGCGAUGUAGUGGUGAUUGUGCCAUGAGUGGCUUGAGAACGCCCGAAAGUAGUGUGUCAAACCAUUUUAUUAUGGUUUGACGCUGACUUUGGUCCUGUCAGGCACCCAUGUUAAAUUCAGUCUACUCAGAGCUGGAGAAGCUGGAUGUCUGUUACUCAUGACGGCUACUCAUUGAUCUCCUUCAUUUGGUUGAGAGCGCUUAGCUGACAUUCUCAACCAAUGAAUGAAUGCAUUCAGUUUCUACAGCUCUGAGAAGACCACAUGUAGUGCGGGUCCCAGGUUACUGUCCAACUGGACUAAAACAGAUUAUGCUGAGAUGGUGCUUGAAACAUUCCUUUAAUGUCAUUUGAUGACGUUGAAGCAUUUGCUUCAGUAGAGGCCACCCAUUCUUAGUCCUGCAAAACAUAUAUUUUCUGAUAUGUUAUGACUGAACGAAGGCCUCUCCCUGGAGCAUCUGUUUAAGUUAACGUUGAGAUAAUAUUGCUGUCUUGAAUAUUGUAGAUCUGGCAAACCUAAGACAAAGAGGUUGUCUGUCGUUGUUGAGGUAUAAGAGUUGUAACAGUAUGAAAAUAAUAAAUUAAUUGUUUUUAAAAAACUUUUUUCCAGUUCUUCAAUCUUCAACUUUGUACAUAUUGAUAAAUGAACUAUUAUAAUUUUUGCCACAAAAAAUAGCUCACUUCUCGCCAUUCUGGAAUAGACUGCUAUGAUAUGUUCCCUUGGCUGUAUUUGAAGGUAAUUUUGAAGUUGGCAUUCAUUUUUGCUUUUAACGGUUGCUUGUGCAGCUGACGUAAUCACCUUUUAAUAGCUUUUUGUCAUUUAGAUUAGGUUUCUGUUUACUACUGCUGAAACGUGCGCAGUGUGCAGUCAGCUGUGUAGUUCAUUGUAUGUCUGGGGUUUGACAAACCUUGCCGCAACAUUUCAAAUCAGAGAAACGGUAAUCUCCCAUGCAUCCAUCUCAGAGGAAAGUCUGUCUUUGAGCGUUAAACGUUAUCCUGUGCCAUUUUUAGUGGAGUGGAAAAUAUGUGGCAUUUAUGACAGAGCUGCGUAUUCUAUACAGUAAUAUGUGAUUUAUAUUUAUUGGUGCAUCAUCAUUAAUGAACAUUCUAAUGUUUGGAAUGCAAACCCCAGAAAUAACAAAAUCUAGAGUUUAAUUGACCUUUAGUCCCCCGGAAUGCCUGUCUCACCAUAGCUGCUCCUCCUGCCCUGGCUGUGAUAAUCAUUAUUGAUAAUCUCAACCAAUCCAAUACUUACCCACAGGGCUCAAAGUAUCUCUAAGGGGAGCGUAAGGCAGUGUUUGCAUUGUUUAGACCACAAGGACUGUCUCCUUGCACCACAACAACUACAUUAAACAGUAGUGGUUCUGGUGCUUACUGUACCUUUUAAAUAUCUGUCAUCCAUCCUUUUUGUACAUCAUAAAAUACAGAGGAAAUUCAACUGUUUAAAAAAACCUCAAAAAUCCAAUGGCUACCAAAACUCUAAAGAUCCACUAUUAUUUAAAAACACACAUACAUUUAUUCAGUAAACCUGGAGUUUUUAAGAAUUUACAAAAACAGGGAAAAUAGCAGAGCUUGGCAUUUAUUUUCUUUUUAUGUUAUACAAAUAGAUGAUCCAUCCAGGAUGCCCCCCGAUGUUGCUACCCUUACCGAUUGGAUAAAAUAUGACAAGCUCACUUUGUCUCAUAGACAUCAUCGACUGUUAACUACUUCAAGAGCAAUAUCAUCUAAAUUGUAUGCCAUUCUCACAAUAUUAAAGAACUGCAGGCCCUGAAAGUUCUUUUGGGGCAACCAUGUGAGCUGCAUCAUGUGUACAUGUCUGUAUGGUGUUCUACCUAUUGUAACAUACUCAUCAUCACUGUGCGACAUCGAUAGUGAUUGCCUUGCCAACAACUGCGGUAGUGCCGUUCAUCGGCCAUGCGUCAAUAUGUCUGACCCCUGCAGCAUGUUGAUGGACGCCGGCCAUAACACCAAUUUGUAUCCCCACGUCCGCCCAUGGCAAUAUCGACGCCAAUGUGCAUGUGACUUCACGCAAAGGACGCACAUGCAUGUUCUGGGGUCAAAGGCCGGUUACGGCCAAUCGGAUCCAAAAGAGGGGUAUUUAACCUUUUCUAUUUCUUCAGCUCAUUGCCCUGUCGUGGUUUCCCUUAGUGGUUGUCCGAGAGUGCGUUCCUGAUAGUUUGUUUUUGGUUAUUCACUUUGGCUUCGUUUUGACAUCCCUGUAUUCUGGUAUAAUUUGGCUUUCCCUCAUCGUUGUGUCUCAUUCUGUGUCCCUGACCUUGGCAAGUAUUAUUCUUUGGUACGUUAAGUUCGGCCAUUCUAAGGCCUGGUAAGACUUUACCUUUUACUCCUAGGUGUGAUCUAAUUCUACGUGCUGGAUCACCUAGUAAUCCUGACACCUAUUUCCAUAUCUAAAGUUUAAUUGUUGUGACUGUGUUAGGGACUGAGCCAAGUAGGGGAAUGAGUUUCAGAUAAAUGAAGCGUCUAAUGUCUGUUACUUACCUGAUACAACGUGACACAGAUCCAGAUGUGUCAUUUGCUAUUAACAAGCCAGACACAGGCUGCUUGUAUACCCAUCUAGAUGUAUAAAUAAACCCCUCGGAUGGCGUUGCCUGGGUUUCCUGAAAUUGGCAAUUUUCCUUUUAGUCUCGGUUUCUUAUGCCGCUGACAAUCCUCAUUACCAGGCCUCGGCAUCUUCUCUGUUUAUUUUCCAUGGAUCGGAUCUGCAUUUAGCAGCUCCAGCAUGUCCUCCUGUAAUUACAUGAAGAUUUACUGCCUGGUGUUUUUAUGUGUUGCUUCAACGCCGAUGAAAGAAUUCAAAAAUUAACCUUUUAGUGCACUUUGACGCAGGUGGAAUAUUAACCCGUGGAGCGCUGGAGAUUUGUUAUAGAUUGGUUAUAGAUUCCCUUGUGGGUUACUUUUUUCAGUGCUGGAUAACGGAUAAUGUCCUUAGACUCUCAAUGUCACUGGAAACAUUACCUUUUCUAAAAUAAUUAAUAUUAUUUGGUAAACUAGAAGUUUAAACUGAAGCUUUUUUGAAACAUUCGCAAACUGUUAUGUAAACGUAUAAAAAGCAGGGAUUUCUAUUCUUUUUUUUGUGCUCAAAGACAUGCCAUAGAUGUGUGUAGUUCUUCGGUCAUGAAGGGGCCAUUUCCCAUCCACUAUUUUAAAUAAAAGUUGAUGAGAAAUGGCAUGACAGCAGGAAAUGAAUCAAUAUUCCAGCUUUGCCCAAUUAGUCCCUACUUAGAAGCCUGAAAAGGCACAACUUCUCUCUGCAUUGUCUUAUGUAUGUUUGAAUGUGCUAGAAUUUCAUUGGAAUUCCAGUGACAUCUGUAGGUAGUUAUUCACGAAGAUUCUAUUUUUAUGAAAGCUCAAAAGUGUCAGGUCCAUUUUAAGUCAGGCUGUACUUCAUGGGCAAUGUUCAGAACGUAAAUGACAUGUUCUGAAUAGAAUUUUUGAGCAUGGAAAUCCAACAAGCAGCUCUCUCAUGAUUCCAAUUACAACACCCAAGGGUCAAGAGAUUUGUAGUCCAACAAGAAAUCUACCUGCUGGCCACCCUUGCUUUAGAUGACUGUUCUUAAAGGACUACUAUAGUGCCAGGAAAACAUACUCGUUUUCCUGGCACUAUAGUGCCCUGAGGGUGCCCCCACCCUCAGGGUCCCCCUCCCGCCGGGCUCUAGGAGGUGGAAGGGGUUAAACUUACCUCUUUCUCCAGCGCCGGACGGGGAGAUCUCCGCCUCCUCUCCUCCUCCUCGGCUGAAUGCGAAUGCGCGGCAAGAGCCACGCGCGCAUUCAGCCAGUCUCAUAGGAAAGCAUUCACAAUACUUUCCUAUGGACGCUGGUGUCUUCUCACUGUGGUUUUCACAGUGAGAAGCACACAAGCGCCUCUAGCGGCUGUCAAUGAGACAGCCACUAGAGACUGGAUUAACCCUAAUAUAAACAUAGCCGUUUCUCUCAAACUGCUAUGUUUAUAGAAAAAAGGGUUAAAACUAGCUGUACCAGGCACCCAGACCACUUAGUUAAGCUGAAGUGGUCUGGGUGCCUAUAGUGGUCCCUUAAGAUUAAAGGUUACUCCAACUAGUUUUUAAGGUUUAAUUUUUUUAUUUAUAAUGUCAUAUUGGGAACUUGUCACUUGGUCCCUCCCUCCCUCAUUUUUUUUUUUUUUAAAUCUGUAAAAUAAAGUAAAAACUUUGCUUGAAUCAUCUCCCCAUCCUUUCCCCACCUUCCUAUAGAGGAUUGUAGUUGGACCUUGGGUGCUUCUGCUAAAAGCAGAAGUGGUCAUGGAGAUUGGCGUAACCUUUUUACUCACAAUUUGGUAACAGAUUGGAGAUGAUUUAUUAGAUUUCUUAUGCCGAGAAAAAAAAUAGACCACAGAUGCAGCAGGAAAUCACAUCAGCUGUGUGUUUUUACAUCUACCACCGAGCUUUUGUGAGCAUUAAACAUCCUGUAUUUCACUACCAGGUAAGAGAUGGAUUCAUAUCACAUCACCAGAGCUUUGUGUAGACAGCCAUUCGGUUGAUGAUCGACCAGUCUUAUUUGACAAAUUAUCCCAGACAGGGAUUGGGCUCCAAAGGAAGGCAAUGCUUCUAUUUAAAUUAAACCAAACAAUUGCAAACACAACACAAGUUUAUAGCAAAAAAUAUUUGUUAACUAUAUGUAUUGACAUCCUUUUGGUCCUGCCACGACUUGAAAACCAUAGAAAACCUGUGGGUUGAAUGGAAGAGGAGAGUCUAACAGCGCCAACUUCAAAAUUUGAAGGAUCUGGAGAGAUUCUGUUUGGAGGAAUGGUUUCAGGUCCCUUGCUAUGUGUUCUGCAACCUCAUCAGACAUUAUUUAUUUUAUUUAUAAAAUAUUUUACCAGGAAAGAUACAUUGAGAUUUCUCUCGUUUUCAAGUAUGUCCUGGGUCACUAUAGGAGAAGACUCAGAGCCGUUAUCUUGGUAAAGGGUGGUAGCACAAAAUAUUGACUAAAUGGGUGCCAAUACAUAUAUUUUACAAAGAUUUUUUUUUAAUUAAACUUGCUGUUGUGUGAUAUCCAUGAGAGCAGAGUAUUUUUGUGUAUUUUUUGAACAAAAGAUCAAAAGGUUAAACAAUAAUGUCAUUUUGUGCCAGCCUUCUUUGCCCAUAUGUACCAAGGGUGUCAAUAUUCGCGUUGGACACUGUACCUUAUAGAACAUUCUACAGGUGAUGUUUAUAUGAUUACAUACGACAGUGAAGUGGCCAUUAGGGACAUUUUUACUCUAUGGGGUUUAUUUACUAAUAUUGGAAUUGUGAAGAAUGAAUAAGGGGAUGGGGAAUUUUAGAUAAUUCUGAUUUUGUUUUGGGGUUUAUUAUUUUUAAGCCCAGCCAUUUUGGUCUAAAAUAUCCAGUCCUCUUUACACUUCUAUAGGAUUCUUGGCACACCGCACUGUGCUUUUAGUGGCUUGAAAAUCAGAAUUUAGGCUGAUUUUGAGAAAUUCUCCAACUCUGUUAUAGUCAAAACUUUACUAUUUUAGUCUAAAAUUUGCAAUACCAUUUCUAAUUCGCUUUAAUUCUACGUUAAAUGAAUAAAUAACAGGAUGUUAAGAGAAAGCAAAAUUGGACAAAAUUGCUGCCUCGGGUCAAAUUCAUUAAUAUUCUAUCUCUUUUGCUGCUGUCCUACGUUUAUACCACAAAAGCUGAAACGUGUUUGUUAAAACUAGCGUUUUGCUUUAAUUUGCCAUGUUUUAACCAACAUUUGCUGCUGUGACUAUUGUAUACAUAUUGAUACAAUUAUUUACAGAUCAAAUGAUAUUUUAAAUAUAUGUGUAAUAAUUGUGCCACGACCUACUAGUGGAACAGCAUCAUCAGAGCGAUAAGUUAUAUUCUUCCGUUUAAAGCACUACUGAGUUCGCCAGCCUCCUUCUGUGCUCUGUGCCAGGCUGGUAGCUAAACGUUCCAUCUUUCCACUGGAUAAGCUCAACAUUCAGCUUAAAAUCUGGGAUAAUUGCACAUAGCAAGAGAGCCAUAGGAGAGAUAUAAUUACCUUUAAGGCUCAGGGGACAGAGGCAGUUUAUGCAUUAAGAUACUAAGAGAAGAAGAUAGUGUAGCGCAAGCUUUAUUUACAGUCAUUGCUUAACCCCUUAAGGACACAUGAUGGAAAUAUUCCAUCAUAAUUCCCUUUUAUUCCAGAAUUUGUAUCCUUAAGGGGUUAAAUAACCAUUUAUUUAAAAGGUGGAAUAGCAGGUCAAAGUAGCCAUUAGCUCUCCAACAAACCCCAUGGCAAAGACUCGCAGGCAGAUUACAGCUGAGCUUGGAGAUUCUUUUUGUCUGCUCAGCAUUUUAAGACCCUGCAGAAUUUAUGCUUGUUUUGUCUUUUUUUUUUAAAUAUAUAUAUUAUUAUUUUUAGUCAUUUAAUGACUGUUACUUUAUGUAGUACUGAGCAGUGUUUUGCCGCAGUGGAAAUAAAAUUGUUAACUAUAAUAUUGGCUUCCAAAUCAGGCAACUCUUGAGACCAACAUUCUUUCUACUUCCAUAUAUUUUUCAUAUAAGUUGCAUAUGGUGUAUGUAAUAAUCAUUCCACUAAUCAAUUAUUUGGAACAAAAAAAAAAUGGGACUAAUCGUGUGAAUAUAUAAUUUAAUAUAGGAUCAAUAGACUACAUAUUAAAUUCUAAUUUUAUUACAGAACUGUAAACAGAAACUAAUUAUCAUUUUUAUAACAGGUCUAUUUUGAGUUAAAUGGAAUUUAAAACAUAUCUGCAUGGAGACGCUGAACUUUGCCUAUAGAGAUGCAUUGAUUCAAAGCAUUUGAAUGAGGAAAUGCUAAUUGGCCAGGGUGGCGUUUAGCUCCGCCUUGACAAUCUAAGCCAAUCCAAUGCUUUCCUGUGGGAAAGCAUUGUGAUUAGCUGAGAUCAUCAAUUGUGAUUAUGUCAAUCAAGGAGGAGGAUUGGGGUAGGGCCAGACGGAAGGAGACCCAAAUGGCGCUGGAACAAGAAAUAAGGGGGGGUCCACCACCUAGACAGUGGGUUUAGAAGAAUAGUGUCAGGAAUACAUGUUUGUGUUCCUGACACUGUAAUGCCCCUUAAUACAUUAUUGAGGGCACCUGCUUUUGAUUGAAGUUAGAUGGUUGCACACAUGUUAUGUGUGUAAAGGACCGUAGGAGAAAAGUGCUCAACCAAACUCCUUUUUGACAUGGGGAAUAAAAUGUACAAAGCAGCAAGGGGAAUGGAGAACAUUGUGGGUAUAGGCAGCAAAAGUGAGCAUACUGAUAUAUUCCUGGAAUUCUGAAUCUAUUGCUCGCAAUUAACUAACACAUUAUUUUUAUGUAUACCAUUUGAGACUCUUCCUUAUAGGAGCACUAUAGGGUCAGGAACACAAACAUACACUAAGCUGUAGUUGUUCUGGUGACUAUAGUGUCCCUUUAAUAGAAGUUCCCUCUGUAAGUCCCUCUGACUUUCACAAGUUUACCAACAGUGAAGUCCCCUUUGACUUUUAGCAUUUCGCAUACAGUUUGUCAAAAAUUCUGUGGUAAUACUAGUUAAUAUCACAUUUUUGUGAGUUAUUGUUAGAGCUGGGUAUCCCCGUUGAGGUCACGAUGGACUCAGUGCUUCAAAGUUUACAUGAAGGAAGGAAAUUAUGUAUUUGCAUUUUCAAAAUGGUGGUUACCACGUUCUGGCAACGGAUAAGAUUGAUUUUAUAUGCACUUCUGCCUGCUAUUUAACAGAAUCACUUUAUAAGUACACUUAAAGGCACACUCUAAGCACCAAAACAACUGUAGCUUAAUAAAGCCGUUUUGGUGUAUAGAUCAUGCUCCUGAUGUCUCACGGUUUAGUUAUCUGCUAUUUAGGAGUUAAAUCACUUUAGUUUCUGUUUUUGAAACCCUAGCCAUACCUCCCCAUGCUAAUACUGAAAAAUAAUUAGUUUUCAAUCAGAUCUUACAGCACAAUGUGUUUAAUUUAGAAGUUUAUUAAAAAAACCAAAAAUGUGCUAUUAAUUUUAGUUACAUACUACAUAGUUACAUUGCUGAAAAGAGACAUGCGUCCAUCAAGUUCAGCAUUUCUUACAUAUGUUUUUGUUGUUGAUCCAAAAGAAGGCAAAAAAACCUAGUCUGAAGUGCUUCCAAUUUUGGCAACAAACUAGGAAAAAAUUCCUUCUUGACUUUAUGAUGAACUUUAUGUUCAAUAAUUAUUUAUUACAAUAUGAAAGUUGUGCAGAAGUCGACAUAGAACACAGAAAAUAUAACAGUAAAUUGCAUACGUAUGUCAUUGAUAUCAACCCCACCAUGUGGAGAGUACAUUGUCGGAUCAUUUAAAACAAAUUAAGGACAUAAAAUUAGAGAGUAGUAAAUCAAGCAACCAUUAGUGGAAUUUAUAAUACAGUAGACUUAGACUCUCAUUCUCGGCCGACCUGAUGUACUCCAGUUAUUACAUACAAGAUAGAAAAAGUGAGGCUUGAGCAAAAAAAAAAAAAAAGAGAAAAAAAGAAAAAACAAAAAGGUAAGGGAGGGGGCGGGGCCUGACCACGAAGCUGAGAGGAUGCUAGCCUCAGCAGCUCCUGCAGCACUUGACAAAGAAAGCAGAUUUUUAUUGUCAAAAUGGCGAUCAAUCGUGACAGGCCACCAAACAUGAGGUGCCACUGAGAGGAACAAACAGACACUACCCAAGAGACAUUACGAGCACCACUCACUCGCCAAGUGUCAGAGGCCUACAUGCAUGGCAGGCUCAGGAGGGACGGCGCUUUUUCCGAUGCCGCGACCAACUGCACAUCUGAAUAUAAGCCCUUGUUCCCCCCCUCUGGACCGGUGGGGGUCAUCCCGGUCUAGCCCCACAUAACGAGCACCUACCUCCGAAAAGCUCCAGGACGCAAAACACCGCCAGGCGUGAGCCACAAGGCCAAACCAAGAUGGCCGACGGCACCGCGGUAUACGCAAUACGACAGACAUCCAACGACUGGGCAGCAGCCUUCCAAGCAAAAUUCAACGCCAUAUGCAGGCGACUCUGGGAGCGACUGGAGAGUAGGAGACAGCCUCCUGCACCAACACCAGUCAGCGACAAACCCACAGCACCCACUGCGAGUCUGCUGGCCAGAACAACGUCCCAUAAAGGGCUAAACAAUGGGGUGCUGCUGGAAAGAUCCCAACCGGCCAACGCUACAACCAUACCAUGCACUACUGUUGGCCCACCCGGGAGUAGAGCCACACAGGGAUCGACCUCUGCGUACCACCCUGCUGAGGAGGGCAAGACACAUGCUGCAGCAGCGGAUUGCAACCCUGCACAGAGCCCCACCAGGGAAAGACUUGGCUCAGAGAGGGCACAGAGUCUGGGUAAAAAUGGUACAGGCUCCUAGAAGAUCCUGGGGCAGGAGGGGAGCCAUGGCCGGGCGCCGCUAUGAAGAUCACGUGGAGGCGCGGGAUGCCGAAGAACAGCAAAGGAGGCUCACAGACAUCCAUUCCAAGCCUAUAAUCAAGACCUCCAGAAGGGGUAUUGGAUAGGCGUAUGUGGACUGACUUGCCAAACUACUUACAGCCCUAGCCCACGUACACACCGUGAGAACUCUGUAUUUGCUCGGCUGAUAGUUUGCCUACUAACUUACUUCUGGUAUAACGUAACACUCUUUGCCUCGAUUCAGAAUCCCACACCUGAUAUACCUAGUCUAAGAUAUUUAAGCUAACACAAUCUUGAAUUUUUAGCCAUACCACCUGUUCAUAGUCUUGCAGCAACAGUUAAGCAUGUAUAUGACUUUAAUAUAGUAACAGGUUUCUCAGCAGUAGCAUGUUUCAUAUUACUUAUAUCAGCUAUCAUAGACCAUGGUUAAAUAACUCUAGCAAACAAUCUUAAUUGAUUCAUUUCUACAUAUGUUCAAGCAAAAUUCAGCAUGUUUCUUAUCGUUACGCAUGUUUAUUAUAAUAUAAAAUUGUGCACGUUCACUCUCCUACCCCAAAUGUAAAGCAUGAUAUGGUGCCAGAGGAUUAAAAAAAAAUACAAAAAAAAAGGUAAGGGAGAGAAAUCUAUGGAAAAGGAGGGAGGGGAGCUAGAAGGAUCUUCCACCUAUUCCACGGGUCAAGGACUGUCUGACAACCCUCAUACCUUAAACCACACAAAUCUAAUGACAGCUGUAAAUUUAGGUUUGUUACUCAGCUUCCCAUCAAUUUGUUGUUAAGUGAACUUUAAUCACACACAGGAUGUUGUUAAGUGAACUUAAUGGCUAGUGAGUAAGUGGAAGCUUUGUCCCCUACACAGACUGAAAUCCGUCUUUUCAAUUGUACAAAUAAGGGGAGGUGAGAUUUAAAAAAAAAAUUAUUUGAAAAAAAAAAAAAAGUAAAAAUUGAUAACAUAACUAUUUACAAAUGAGUGAGGCGGUUAUUAUAAUUACAAUAUAAUAAUAGCAUGCACGUGAAUUAUUUGAUCUUUAAACAAUCGAUUGCUUAUUUUUCUUGCAGAAUGAUGCCACAGAGGAUGGCAUGGACUGUCCUAAUGACAAAUGUCAAAAAGAAUACUUACUCUCUCCUUGCCUUUCAGCAGAUGAAAUGACGGAGACAGGACGGAAUGAUGACAUCAUUAUCAAACAAGACAGUCCAGAUGUUUUCGCUGUUGAGAAUGUGGUUAGUAUAACACUUUGAGAAGAUCUUUUGUGAUUAUCACACUAUCUUUUAAAGGAACACUCUAAUCAGCUUAAUGUACUGGUUUUGGACCAUAGACACUGUCAGCCCCAGUGUAAUCGCUGCUUAUUCUGAAAGCCACUAGGGACUAUUCCUGGUUGCAGUCCUGCAGGAGAAGCCAAAUGCUCCUCAUAGAGAUACAUCGAGUCCAUCAGGAUUAUUCACUGAAUUUAGAAUUUAAAGUGAAUUUCAAAUUUAGUCCACAGUAGCUGGAUGUAAAGCAUAGCUGACUUUUCCAGUUCUUAUUUUUGCAACUUGGUUACAUUGACUUUAAAUUUUAAAUUCACUUUGAAUUCAUCUUAAAUUCCCAUCUUCGUAAAUAACCUUGAAGCUGAUUGGAGCAGCGAGUCAAUUGCUGCACAUGCUCACUAGCCACCCUUGUAUGUCCCAAUGGGAAAGCAUUGGAUUGGCUGAAAUCAUCUGUAUUGAUGAUCACAGCCAGGUGAGAUAGGUGUGCCAGGGGAUAGAAGGUAAGUAAAAUGCUUUAUUUCCUGAGUUAUGGUUGGGUCCAUUAAAGGGACAGUAUAGGCACCCAAACCACUUUGUCUCAUUGAAGUGGUCUGGGUGCAGUGACCCUGUCCCUGUAACCCUGCAGUUGAAAACAUUAAAAUAUCAGAGAAACUGCAAUGUUUACAUUGCAGUACUAAGACAGCCUCUAGUGGCCACUAGAGGCACUUCCUGUAUUUACACAGAGCUUAACUCUUUGAAAUGACACUGGACGUCCUUACACUUUGCAUUAGGACAUCCAGCAUCUUUUAAAUCCCCAUAGAAAAGCAUUGGAGUUUAAGAAGGCCUCAUGCAUGUGAGGCGCUCCGCGCAUGCACGUUUUGUUCCCCCGAUCGCCUGACGUCAGAGGAAGAGGAGCCCUACCCAAUGCCAAGGAACCUCAGUACUGAAAUCAGGUAAAUGUGAAAAGGAUUAUUUAACCCUUCCAUAGACAGGGGGAAGCACAGAAGAACAUUUUUGUGUUAGGAAAUCAAAUUUGUAUUUCUAACACUAUAGUGUUCAUUUAAUCUAACUGGGCUGUACAACAUUCUAAUGUUAGGAAUACAUGUCAUUUUUAACUUUUAAGUGUUCCAUAAAAGAAGUUCGAGAUCUAGAAUUUGCACACUUACGUUCGUGCUUUCAUUUGUGUGGAAAUCAAGAAGUACCCCCGCCUAAGCAAAAUAAAUAUAUUCUCAUUGUAUGGAAUAUAAACAUACGUUGUAUGGAAUGUUAACGGAGGUUUUAUUUAUUUAUUUUUGUUAUUCACACUAUGACACGAGGUAAACUACAGCACGCAGGAGCCUUGUUGGAACUUUAUUUGUACAAUUGGCUUUUACUGUAACAGAAUGCUUGUACUACUCUGUGUCCCAAUGCAAGUGGCUAUUAUUCCAAACACCCUUAAAUAUUAAUGUUUAUAUACGUCCUACUAUAAAUAAGUAAUUGCUCUUAAUAAUAACACUAAUUUAAAAUGGCUUAUGCAACAUUUUCCAAGUUGCAAUCUUUCUGUAAUACAACUGAACUCAUGAUUUAAGAUAUCGCUGUGGACUCUGCAGUACAAUUUAAACAAUUAGUGUGGAAGAGUUCUGUGGUUACAAAUGAGGACAAUGUUGUUGCAAUAACAGGUUUAAAGGAAUGUGUCAUCAAUUUUUAUACUUACCAUAAAUCAGCUCCAAAUGCAUUAAAUACAUCAUACAUCACAGAGAUACAUGAUGUAUUCAAAGUCAAUUUCCCCAAUAUGCGUAACUCAGCUAACCUCCGUUUCAGCGCCACUUCAUUGGAGUUACUCUUCCUUUAACACCCACCUCCGGUCUGCCCACAGUAGUGUGUGAUUUGCAUUGUUUAUGGAUGAUGCCUUGUGGUUGCUAUGCAUGGAGAGCAUAAGGACCUCCUGAGUGAGGUUUUAUGUACUCCAUUAUCAGUCAGUUGACGGACAGGUGGGAGAGAGACCCAUUUUUAAAUAGGUUUGUCUUCAAAUCUGCUUGCACAAUGUACAGAUAGAAUGAUAUUCCAUUUAAAAAGACCAUACGUUCUCAUGGGUAUGGCAGGCACCCCUUAAACUCAUUUAUUCUUCGAGACUCAGUUUGUUCUCUAGCCAUUAUUCAAUGGACCACCAAUGGAGAUCUUAAACCAUGACUGUUGAUAGCACUAGAGAACUGGUUUGAGGUUCACUGUUCCAGUUAGCCGAGUGACUACCCAAAUAAUGUACAGGUGGAACUGCUAUAUCGGAUGCCUUUAAAGUGCACUAAUCAUGUUUAUUGGGUUGCCAUUUAACUGAUUUAAGUAGAACCUGUAGUAACACCUAACAAUCUACCUACAGUAGACUCACAGUGAGUCCAUCACUUUCUGUGUUACUCUGUUGCAGAAGGUAGAAGUGCUCGACGAGGAACUGGAUGAUUCCAUGAACAAAUAUGACAUUGACCAGAUGCGCUCUCUCUUGGAUUACAAGGUACAACGCAAUGUUUUUCAUAUUACCUUUCCGUCAACAUUCUGUGUACUUGUCUACCUUGCAUGGAAGCUUCUUUAAUCUGUUGUCACCAGUGUGUGUUUAUUUUACCCGUCUGCCUGCUGCCCCAGGAAGGUUGGAGUGCAUGAUAUUCUCAGAUUCAGGAGGGAGGUACUGGGGGUGCUACGAUGCAGGAAGUGGUUUAGAUGUGGAGGAAAGGGCCGUUAAUGUGGGCUGUAGAAGAGGGCAGGAGUCUAAAAGAUAAACACUCACACAGGAUCUUGUUUAUAUUAAAUAUAUCCAGAAGGCAUUGCAGCUUGAAGAUUAGCUUGUUCUUUACACACACUGUCGCCAGUGGACUAUUAAUUUCAGCUCGUUAAUGAAUUCAACAAAUGUCCAAAUUAGCUUAAUGCCACGAAGCAUCCAGAAUAACAUUUGCCUAGACUAAACCAGUCAUUGUAGGAACAAAUAGCAUAAACACGACAUAUUGUAUACGCAACACGAAUAUAUUGGGAGCAUCUUCCAUUUUCCUGGUAUUCCAAUUACCCUGGUUAUAGAAGUGAAUAAAAUCUUCACUAAUGUCAGCAUAGAUACAGUUUUUGGAUUUUGGGGGGAAAUGAAUCUUUACUGACGGGAAAUGGGAGAAGGAAAUUAAACAAGCUUGCCACGUGUGUGAAUAUAUAUAUAUAUAUAUAUAUAUAAAAAAAAAUAUAUGACAUAUCCAAAACUUAGAAACCUGUGUCUGAAGAUGGGUACGUAUAUUAAACAGCAAACAAGUGCUUGUUGGGAAAAAAUUAGACGCACAAAAUAUCCUAUACUAAGAAGAAUGGAGUAAUUUUUUUCGGCUGACCUGGUCAGCAUUUUAAAAAUAUGUCUGAUAUUCUCCAGUUGAGUCUCACUGUGAAGACAUGCAUUCUGGCAGUGAGACAGUUAACAGGUGUCUAUAGAAAAUCUAUUUUGCACGGUUGCAGCUGAACAAGUAAUGGAGCAAUGAAACCCGUAAAAUGUGUUGUUGUUUUUUUAAUAGGAGCAGCAGGGUUUAACAGUUUAUGUGCUAGGGUGCAUUUUUUUUUUUUUUUUAAAGAGAGCAGUGGUUGUGCGCCCCCUAGUGACUGCUGAGCCAUCUCUGCAGGCUAGCGUUUCAUGCAGUUUCACUGCUCAAUAUAGUAAGAGUAAGCCAGAGAGAGCUCUUUCAGGGACAUGGGAUACUGUAGUUUCUCUGCACUGGUACCCAGUCGUACAAUUUACCCCAAGAGUGGGACUUGGAUGCAGUUAAACAAACAGGGGAUGGGUUUUCUUGCAGAACUUUUUUAAAGAAAAUAUCUCAGUGCAAAACAAAGACAUAAAAGAGAAGAAAAAAUAUACACAACCAAAUCCGUUCCAAUAUGUAUCAAUUCUGUACAUUGUUUGCACAUUAACCCUGGGUCUCCCGCCCACCAACAUCAAAUUACACUCCCUUCUUUAGCUACGAUUCUUUUUGGAAUAAUCAAUUCUUCAGUCUGUCUGGCCAAUGUGCUCAUGUGAGGAACUUUGUAAACUUGAGCUGGUGGGGUAAUUGACUAGUUAUGUUCUAAGACAAUACAAAGAAGACUUAAUUUGAUGUUAUUAUUAUAAUAUUACUUCCUUUACAGUACUUGCCGCGGUGCUAAUUCCAAAUUAACUUGACAUUGCAGAGUGAGCAAAUCGAAAUACAGUUUUCAGAACAAUUCCCACUAAGCCUCAGCUCACAGCCCAGGGCUUGCUUCCAGAAUGGUCCUCCUGCCCCCAGGAUGUAAGGAUUAAUCUCCAUGGCACCUAAUUUAGCAACAUUGGAGACAAAAAGCAUAGACGAGUCUGAAAAGGCAUUCUAAAUGAUCAGUUUGAUUCCACUGUGCAUACUUGUUCAUGAAUUUUUGGGAGUUGUAAAUAAAAUGAAAAUGACAUAACCAGGGCAGUGCGGGCUAACUCUUGCACCCUAGAUGUUUCUGAAGGGUAUUUCACCUGAGCAACAUGGGUGGUAUAGGUAGAAAUAUCUGGGGUACCAAGAUGAGCCAUCAAUGGACCAGAGUUAAAAUGUCUGUCUGUUCUUAAUCAUGUAGUGAUGAGAUUCUAAAUAACUCCAACUAAAUGUAUUAAUAAAAACUGAUUAAGAUCCGAAUCAUAUGCACCUGAAAAUAUCGGUGGCAACAUAUUGAAGGGGAAAAGAAUGCAAUUUUAACCUAGAUUGAAGACGUUAUUGACGGAAUGCACAAUAGACCUUUGAUGUGAAGGGCUACUAAACGUGUUCAUGGAUUGCAGGAUAAAACUUACCAGGAAAGGUUAAAGGAUCUUAACAUGUAUAGCUUGGAGGAAAGACGAGACAGGGGGGAUAUGAUAGAAACAUUUAAAUACCUAAAGGGAAUCAACACAGUAAAGGAGGAGACCAUAUUUGAAAGAAGAAAAACUACUAAGAGGACACAGUCUUAAAUUAGAGGGGCAAAGGCUUAAAAAUAAUAUCAGGAAGUAUUACUUUACUGAGAGGGUAGUGGAUGCAUGGAAUAGCCUUCCAGCUGAAGUGGUAGAGGUUAACACAGUGAGGGACUUUAAGCAUGAGUGGGAUAGGCAUAAGGCUAUCCUAACCAUAGGCGUGCGCACGGGGUGUGCCGGGUGUGCCUGGGCACACCCUAAUCCCGCGCACGCCUAUGUAUAUUGAGACCGGCAGGGGAGAUCUCAGGAUCUCCCCUGUCGGCUCAUGCAUAGCCGGCGCUAUCCGAGCGCCGGCUCUGCUCUCAGCCUCCCUCCCCACUGACCCGCAUGCAGGGAGGGAGGCAGGAGAGGACCCGGCGGAGCUAUUGCCGGCAGCUCCGCCGGGUUCCUCUCGCGAGAUAUGAGCGUUGCCACGGCAACGCUCAAAUCUCGCGACAGUGAACUCUAGCCCCACAGGGGUUAGAGUUCACUCUCCACUGGACCACCAGGGAUCACAGCAGCAACAAGGAUCCCUCCUCCACUGGACCACCAGGACCACGAUCCCCCCCUCCCUACAAAAGGUAAGAAGGAAGGGGGGAUAGCAAUUAAUGUACCCCCACCUCCACCCCCCACAAUAACCCACCCACACACAUACAACACACACAGCACACACACAUUCAGCACCCACAGACAUACAGCACCCACAGACACACAGCACCCACACACACACAGCACCCACAGACAUACACAGCACCCACAGACAUACACAGUACCCACACAAAUACAGCACCCACACACAUACAGCACCCACAGACAUACAGCACCCACAGACACACAGCACCCACAGACACACAGCACCCACAGACAUACACAGCACCCACACACAUACAGCACCCACAGACAUACACAGUACCCACACACAUACAGCACCCACAGACAUACAGCACCCACAGACAUACACAGCACCCACAGACAUACACAGCACCCACACACAUAUAGCACCCACUGACAUACACGGUACCCACAGACAUACAGCACACACACAUACAGCACCCACACACAUUCAGCACCCACAGACACACAUUCAGCACCCACACACAUUCAGCACCCACACACAUACAGCACCCACACACAUACAGCACCCACACACACACACAGCACCCACAGACAUACAUACACGGUACCACAGACAUACAGCACACACACAUACAGCAGCACCCACACACACAUACAGCACCCACACACAUUCAGCACCCACAGACAUACAGCACCCACAGACAUACAGCACCCACACACAUACAGCACCCACAGACAUACACAGCACCCACACACACAUACAGCACCCACACACAUACAGCACCCACAGACAUACACAGCACCCACAGACAUACACAGCACCCACACACAUUCAGCACCCACAGACAUACACAGCACCCACACACAUUCAGCACCCACAGACAUACAGCACCCACAGACAUACACAGCACCCACAGACAUACACAGCACAGACAUACACAGCACCCACAGACAUACAGACACACAGCACAGACAUACAGCACCCACAGACAUACACAGCACCAACACACAUACAGCACCCUCACACACAGCACACAAACAGCACCCUCACACACACACACACACUAACAGUACCCUCACAAACACAAACAGGACCCUAACAAACACACACACAGCACACUACCAGUACCCUCACACACAAACAGCACCUCACACACAGUACACAGCACCCUCACAGCGGACCCUAACAAACACACACACAGCCAGUACCAGUCACACACAAACAGCACCCUCACACACAGUACAUUAACAGCACCCCCACAAGCGCACACACACACACAAACAGCACCCUCACACACAGUACAUUAACAGCAUCCUCACAAGCACACAAACACCCUCACCCACAUAGCACACUACCAGCACCGUCACACACACAUCACACUAACAGCACCCUCACACAGCACACACACACACACAGAGCAGUGUGUGUAUGUGUGUAUAUAUGUGUAUGUGUAUAUAUAUAUAUAUAUAUAUAUAUAUAUAUAUAUAUACACACACACACACAUACAUAUAUAUAUGCGGCUUGUGCUUUAGGGUGCACACCCUAAUGCAAUAGGCUGCGCACGCCUAUGAUCCUAACUAUAAGAUAAGGCCAGGGACUAAUGAAAGUAUUUAGAAAAUUGGGCAGACUAGAUGGGCCGAAUGGCUCUUAUCUGCGUCACAUUCUGUUUCUAUGUUUAUGGUACCUAUAGCAUGUCCCUGCAGUCUUAGCAUUAUAAACGCUGUGUUUUUAUAGAAAAGGCAGUGUUUACAUUACUGCCUUUAACACCUCUUGUGGUUGUCACUCAGAUGGCCACUAGAGGUGCUUCCUGGGUCAGUGCUGCAUUUAGUUCAGCAAUUUCGGUCAGUGUCUCCAUCCUCUGCCUGGAGACCUUGAACGCUCCCUACAGAGAUACAUUGAUUCAGUACAUCACUAUGAAGACAUGCCGGAUGGCGCAGUGCAGUGUUUUACUGCGCAUGUGCAAUAGCCUCACAAUGCUUUCCUAUGGCAAAGCCAUUAGAUUAGCGGAGAUCUUCAAGACUGAUUAUGUCAGCCAUAGAGGCGGUGCCAGCCACGGCGAUGGAGAAAAAGUAAGUAAAAUGUGUAAAAAGUGUUCCUUUUACCAUUAUAUCUAGCACUGAGAUAUAUAUCUGUUCUAAAUUAAUAAAUGACAUUAAUAAUAUCGUUUGUGCCUGUUAAAACCUGCUGCAUGGGACAUUUUCUUUAGUAGUCAAUAAGUAGUAUUUGUUAAAAGGUGACAACUUUUCUUGGAUACACUAUCUUCAAAAUAAGGUGUUAAAUUUGAUUUAUAAUGGCCUUUAGGUAAUCUAUGAUAGAAACUACAAACCCAUUUAAAUUGCUACUGAUGGUGUUAAAGCUCACCAAUUCAGUUGACAUGUUCUUUUAGCACGUGCUGGGAAGUUCAAUUUUCACUUAAUUAGAAGCAAAUCUGACUCACUGGUAGGCGAUCACUUUACCUGUAAUAAACAGAUCCCAUAAUCUCAAAUCUAUCUCCGGUACCUGGUAGUUUUCUAAACGUUCUCACUCCAAGGUUCUUUGAAGUACUAAUCCUAUAAUGUUUUUUUUUUUUCAAAAUGAUUCUGUGCAGACUUGUCAGCUGUACCAAAGUAUGAUUCUAAUAUCAAAACCCAUGGAAGCCCUAACUCGCCAGGAGUACACAUGCUAAAAAUGUUUUAAUUUAUUUCAAUAUUGAUAAUGUUUUACAUCAUAGCAACUAUGAUAUAAUUCAAAAAGGAAAAUGAAGAAAGGAAUACAAGGAAUUUCCAAAUAAUGUUCAUAAACUAUUUGGUGGCAAAGGAAUGUGUAGAACAACUCAAUCCGAUGAUUUGUCCCUCCACCUUAGAAAUACUCAAUCUUGUAUAACCCUUACGAGAUAAAGUUGAAAAGACAAUUUUUCCAUAUUCUUAUUGGUUCUUCCUCAUUUUGUUUCAGGUCAUUAUAUGUAGCUAUGCUGGAAUAUGAGGUUGUACCAAAACUCUGCCAUCCCAGUUCCCUGACUUGAACCUCGUGGGUUUUAUAUGGGGCUCAAGUCAGGGUACUGGUAUGGCCAUGGUAGGACCUGAUUUUGUGGUCAAGACGCAACUUACUUCUGCAGUUUUCCAGCUGUAAUCCUUGAAGAUGUUUUGGCCACGUUAAUCAUCCUCUUCACAGUGCAUUGAGACAAUAUAGACACACAUCCCCUUCCAGGUUGAUUCAUAACAUGUCCAGUUGCCCAGAUGAUGAAAAUUGGCAUUUUCAAUGCUUUUGCUAUUUUCUUUUAGCCACUUUCUAUUUUGUGAAGCUUACCAACUCUUUGCCACUCAUCACAGCUAUAUUCUUUGUUUUAACCCAUCCUGAUGAAUGAAUAAGGGGAUUUGGCCUAUGUGUUCCCUCAUAUUUAUACCCCUGUGACACAGAAAGUCACGGUCGAACAAUUUCCUGUUCCUAGUCAUCCAGGUGUGCUAAGAAAAUGUAAAAUGUGAAUUGAAAUAUAAAUCAAAUAUUCAUGGAGAUGACAAUAUUGUGACAAUAAUUAUGUCACAUAUAUAUUAUAUAUAUAUAUAAACAAACCUGUGUUGUGUUUGCAAUUGUUUGAUACCCGUAAGAGCAGAAUAUUUUUGUGUAUUUCGGAACAAAAGAUCAAAAGAUCAAACAAUAAAGGCACAUGUUCACAGCCUUCUGUGCUCGAUUUACCAAGUGUGCCAAUAUCAGUGGAAGGCACGGUAUAUAUCUUUAGAAAUAUAUUGGCUACUGUAAUCUGUUACCAGCUAUGAUACCUAAUAACCCAUCACUGCCUUUCUAGCUGGUAAACCUUAUUGAUUUCUAAGAUGGUAAUUAUAUUCCCAAUGGGAUCUUGUCUUAUUUUAGAUGAUGAUAAUAUUCCUGUAGUUACAAAUUAACUUCCCGCAGCCCUCUCCGUGUAUCACCCUGAUAUCCCAUGUAACCUUUCCAUUAGCAAUGCAAUAUCAGUUCUUUUACGGCAUUGCAAUGGCUUAUUAGUUUUAAAGGAAUCUUAGAAUGGGCAUCUUUUGGCAUCUAACUGUGGGAUAUAUGGGAUAAUUUUUUUGUGGAAACCAAUUACAAGAAGGCCGCCUUUAUCCAACUACAAAUAUGAUUACCCUGGUGUAUGUGUGUGUCUAUAUAUAUAUAUAUAUAUAUAUUUUACAGCAGUAUGCUGCACCUAUACACCACAUAUAGCAGGGGUAGGCACAUCAAAUAUUGUGGACUACACCUCCCAUAAUGCUCUCACAACCAUAAUGCUGGCAAAGUACCAUGGGAAAUGUAGUCCAUAACAUCUGGAGUGCUGAAGGUUGCCUGCCCCUGACAUAUAGUAAUGAUCGAUGCUGAAAUUAAUUUUUUUAUUUUAGGUGAAAAUGUCUAAUCCAGCAGCUGACUCUGAAGAGGCAUAAAGCCAGCACUUUAGUGUUUAUACUCCUGUUGGCUCGAGGAGAUAUCGCUGAUUAAAUUUAUACAUAAUUGGAAUUUGGGGAGAUCCUGUUUCAUUCCUUCUUAAACCAAUUCAGAUGGGUGCCAUGGUAACAAAUUGUCAGGAGAUUCUUUUUGCUGCCGAGACAGUGACUGGUAAAGAGAUUCUCCUCUGUAGUGCCACUGUGUGCAUGUUCGUGGUGGUUCGUGAAAUGCCAGCGUAUGUUGGCGGUGAGUCACACAGUGCUCACUUAUCAGUGUUUGUCCUCCAGCCUAGUCAGUAACUCUUCCAGGUCCAGUGAACUAUUCAACAGCGUUAAAUGCAAGAUAAUUCCAGUGUUAAAAGAAUUUCUAUCUAAUUCUCUUCUGCUUAAAUAUUAAACAUUAAAAUAAUGAACUUCCUCCCUCCCUUCCUCCCUCGCCCGUUCCAGUCUGUGUGCAGUAAAUACGCUCGUUAGAGUUGUUGCAUAUUUGUCGGUUUAGUGCAGAUAUCAGGCCUAAAUUAAAAAAUUUAAAGAUAAUUGCUGGGGAUUUGUGUUUGCCUUAUGUUUACUGUGGUUUGCAGUACAGUAUUCGAAGAAAAAUCUCUUGAAUAAUUUUGUCAAAACCACAUCUGAAAAAAAAUGGUCAUAUGCUAUUGUGCACUGUUAUGUCAUUGUCUGCUAAGAAAUAGCCUUGCUUUAUGGGAGAGAAUGAUUAAUAAUAGUGUUUGGCCCUCAGGGUCCUUUCUUAUCUGUAUUAUUACCACUGGUGUAAUAUGCAAAAAAAAAAGGCAAUAUUACAGAAAAACUACAAAAUACUAUUAUGUUGGAAAACGAGUAAGAUAGUGGCUGCAGAGAUUUUUAAUUUUUUUAAAAUUAUUUUUGCUUUCAUGCUGCACCAUAUUUAAAGGGACACUAAAGGCACCCAGGUCGGUUCAGCUCAUUGAAGUGUUCUGGGUGCAGUGUCCCUGUUCACCUCAGCCCUGCAAUGUAAAAUAUUGCAGUUUUUGAGAAUCGGCAACUUUUAGUGGAUGUCUACCAGACUGCCAUUAGAGGUGAUUCCAGGAGUUUACCGGACUGAAAAAUGCUGGACAUCCUCACGCUCUGCAAAAGGACAUCCAGUGUCAGUGAAAUGAGGCAAUGCUUUCCUAUGGGGAGGGCCUAAUGUACUCACAACGCUCACGGCACAUGCACUUUAGGUCCCCCCUAUGGGGGACCUAAAGGAAAACAGUGUUAUGAAUACAAAUAUGUAUUUCUAGCAUUUUAGUUGUUUUUAAUAGACUUAAAAUAAAUUAUUACACUUUUUUUCUUUUCACAUACUAUGUAUCUACUUUUCUAUGCUUACAGUAGAAAGCGGUCUGAUUAGGUCUGAUUAGUUGCAGACUGGUAUAAUGCACUCCUGUAACGUAUGCAGAAUUGUGAUCUCUCAGAGAUUCUGCUGUAAGUUGCACCUCUCCUCCUCCUCCUUUCAGAGUUUGGAGUUUUUAAGAUUGCUUGUUGUGUGGGUGUAGGGGUACUUACCUGGUCCUUGUGCUGUCCGGGGUCCUUGCACACUCCUGGCGGGCCAUGUGCGCCAAUCGGGCGUGCAGCUAGUACAGUAUUAAGAACGCUGCUCGUGUCACGGGCACCUUCUUAAAGGGGGAAAUGGGAGCCUAACCUCGUGGUCGGCUCCCAUUGGCCCAGGUCAUUCUGGUGCCCCACGUCAUUCUGGCGCCCAGUAUUAUUUAAACUCACCUGGCCUUAGAUCCUGUGCCUCUUAGUGAGUUCCCUGAGUUAUUGUAUUGUAUUCUGAUAUUGAUCUUGGCUUUGUUUUCUUGACUCUGAGUUUAUCUUUAACCCUUGCCUGUCUUGUUUGCCCGUCUGACUGAUUACUGACUGUUAGGGUUAUACCUCGUGACAGUGGGUCAGCUGCUCACCCUUUUUUGAGGUUGCUGUCCAGUUCUUGAAAUCAUGCUUUUCAUUGUGUGAUCUCCUCCAGGUUCUGUUGCUUUUGUGUGUGUGUGUGUGUGUGUGUGUGUGUGUUUCUGUUUCUCUCUCAACAGCUGAUUACAUGUCUUGGGUACACACAGCUCCCAUGCCUCAGGUGAUGUCGAGCCCUAUGUGGUUUUUGUUUUAUGUCUUCCACAUCGGCUACCAGUCAGGAUGUAUCUGUGUGUGUGGUUGAAUGUGUGAUGCUAUGAGUUGUUGUUUUUUGGGGGGGGUUUAAAAGUUCAAUGUAUGAAAAAAAUAUAACAUAGACAACUUCAUUCUUUAAAAUACCUCCCUCCCGAUCCUUACCCCUUGUGGCCCUUGAAGAAGAGAUUAUCUGAGUUUUGCAAUAGGAACUCUGACUGUUACAGAAAAGAUAUCAAAUAGCAUUACAAUUAUUUAUAUAACAUCAACAUAUUCUGCUGCGCUGUACAAAACAACAAGAUAAAACAAGAAAAACAAUGAAUUCUAACAAACUACUUUUGACAUACGGAAGUAGUGGGUGAAGAGGUCCUGCCCCAACAAGCUUACAAUCUAAAGGGAUGAAUGGUAAAUACACAGAAGGCAAUCAUAUGAUCUGGAGACUCCUGAAAGGAUGGGAGGGUGUGUGGGAGGAAGGAGUACCAUAAAUGGGACCUUUAUUUGUGUUUGUGUGUCAAUUUGUAUUUUAAUUCUUUCACGGCAUGGUGAUAACGAUGGCCUCGUUCUUCUUUUCACAGAAUGAAGAAAUGCGAUACAUGGAGAAUGAACUGGAAAAGCUAAAGCAUAAAUAUACAGAGCUGCAAGCGUUCACAAGGAAUCUAAUCCACGCUGUGAAAACCAACAACAAAGAUCAACAACAGGUAAAACAUGCAGGCCAUUAGGUUGCUUGGCCAUUGGGUUGUAACUUAGAACGAGUGCUUCCACAAAUGGGCGCUACAGGUAACCAGACAUCAUAAGUGCAAUGCAGGGUCGAAUUUUUAUUCAUCUUGUUUAUUUUUUUUUAUUUUUAUUUUUUAAUAAUUUGUUUUACUCUACCCCUAUUGUCCCUCUCUCAAAAAUACCACUAUAUAUAAUGUUGCAUCUUUGGUCUCUGGGACUUGUAGUUUAGCAGAUUUUUACAGUAGAAAGUUGUCGAUUGACCUAGAACUCCCUUAAAUCCUUACUGUGCCUGUAACACGCUGCUUAUUGGAAUUAUCUCAACAGUUCAGUUCAACAUCAUGAAUAGUUAAGUCAUUUCCUGGAUUAUUGUAUGAUUUCUGCAGAAGUUGUAAAGCCAAGGGAUUUGCAAAACACGCAGGGACCUAAUUUCUUGUUUUUUGCACAUAUUUUGUUUGUAUAUUCUAAACAUAAAUAAUAGGUCAACUCCAGCCAGUGGUGUCCCUUUAAUACUCUUUUUUUAAUGCCUUUUUUUUUUUUUAACUGUUUUUGUUAUUGUUUUAUGGUUUUUUGUUUUGUUUGUUUUUUAAAUUUUUUUAUUUUUCAAGUUCUUAUUGCGAGGGCUUAUUUUUUUACGCUUGUAAGUAACAAGCAACAUUUAAGAAUUUUAAAUAACAACAACCAGUAGAUUUCGGCUGCUAACAAAUAGUUUCCAUGGUCAAUAUAUUUGUUUAACAUCUGUAUGCUACUCUUAUCUGCCACCAGUUAGCAUCUACCAUUUAGAAAAUUGGACAAACAUCAAAAAUAGCAACUCCCCUAGGACCCUAAAAGGUUCGCUCAGUGUAUGCACACUUCAUCUACUAUCAGCUGAGCAAAUUGCCAUUAUUGUUUCCAUACACCUUCCAUGCCAAAUUUAUUGGAAUAUACAGCAAGCAUGUCAAUCUCAAAGGCUAGCACAGGCCAAAUAAACAAGGUUUAAGUUUAUGUGGGCCACAAAAAAACCCAAUUAAAUUGUCAUAGAAACGUAGGUUUAUUUUGACAAGUAGAGUAUAAAAAGAACAGCAUCCCCAUCUACUAAACACUAGCCCCCCUCUACACUAAACCUCAAUUCCAUCCUCUAUACUAAAUCCCAGUCCCCCCCCUCAACUAAAUCCCAGCACCCCCCUCUACUAAACCCCGGCCCCUGUUUUAAAAAAAGUCAAAGCCACUGCCAGUAUGUGACUAUGGAGCCAGCCUCUGGUAUACCCCCAAUAGCGCCAUCUGCACACUGUGACACUGUGCCAAAGCUGAUCCUCCCGCUACUCUUUGAAACCCUGUGAAGGUGGAGUACGUUGAUGUCACAUCUGAAUGUGAUGUAGCGUUGCGUGUCUCCUCCAGAUCCUCCACUGUCCAGCUGCGGCCAUCGCAACACUGACCAACACGCACUGACAGACACAGACACACACUCACUGACAGACACACACUCACUGACAGACACACACACACUCACUGACAGACACGCAUACUGACAGACACACACUCACUGACCAAUACAUACACUCACUCACAGACACACACACUUACAGACACACUCACUGACAGACACACACACACACACACACUCACUGACAGACACACACACACACUCACUGACAGACACACACACUGACAGACGCGCACACACACACUGACUGACAGGCCCACACAUUUACACAUUCUUUCACUCACUCACAAAUCAUUUUAUUUAUUGCUCCCUACAUUUGGGAGCUGGUAUGAGGCCUCUCCCCUGGGUCUCCCUUCCUGCUUCUCACUGCUCCCUCACAUGCGCAGUUUAGUGAUGCCGGGCCAGAAUUACAUCAUAUUCCAGCACCCAGACAGACACACACUCACUGACAGACACACUCACUGACAGACGCGCACACACACACUGACAGACACACUCACUGACAGACACGCACACACACACUGACUGACAGGCACACACAUUUACACAUUCUUUCACUCACUCACAAAUCAUUUUAUUUAUUGCUCCCUACAUUUGGGAGCUGGUGUGAGGCCUCUCCCUGGGGUCUCCCUUCCUGCUUCUCACUGCUCCCUCACAUGCGCAGUUUAGUGAUGCCGGGCCAGAAUUACAUCAUAUUCCAGCACCCAGACAGACACACACUCACUGACAGACACACUCACUGACAGACGCGCACACACACACUGACAGACACACUCACUGACAGACACGCACACACACACUGACUGACAGGCACACACAUUUACACAUUCUUUCACUCACUCACAAAUCAUUUUAUUUAUUGCUCCCUACAUUUGGGAGCUGGUGUGAGGCCUCUCCCUGGGGUCUCCCUUCCUGCUUCUCACUGCUCCCUCACAUGCGCAGUUUAGUGAUGCCGGGCCAGAAUUACAUCAUAUUCCUGCACCCGGCAUCACCACAGAGAGCGCACGCGAGCAGUGAGAACAGACUGAGCUCCCUCACUGCUGCCCGCCAGCUAAAUUUUAGCAGAGUGGGCACCUGUAAUGUGGGUGGGGGGGGGGCAGGUGCCUACUCUGCCUUAACAUGUCAAACUCGCAGCUCGCUGGGCCGCAAAGAUAUUUAUUGUGGGCCGCGAGUUUGACAUGCUUGAUAUACAUCAUUCUUACUGAAAUGUACUUAAAUAUAGAAAAGAUUAACUUUAAUAUAGGCUGUAUUGAUUAUUUUUAACUUUACACCUAGAAGAAAGGUGUACUUUUUAGUUUUGCCCUUACACUAAAAUCCCCCCUUGAACCCUGCACUACACUAAACAUUAACCCCUACACUACACUAACACACUACACUAAACAUUAACCCCUACACUACUGUAACCAACUAAACAUUAACCCCUACACUACACUAACACACUACACUAAACAUUAACCCCUACACUACCGUAACACACUAAACAUUAGCCCCGACACUACACUAACACAUCACUAAAAAUUCACCCCAACACUACACUAAACAUUAACCCCUACACUAACACGCUAUGCUAAACAUUAACCCCUACACUACACUAACACACUACAGUAAAGAUUAACCCCUACACCACACUAAACAUUAACCCCUACACUAACACACCACACACUCCUGGUUCAUUAUGUUUCCGGGAACCCAGAGCUUGCAUAAUGUUACCAGAAAACUUUGAUAAGGAUUUAAGUAUUCAACAAGUAGCCCUUCAGACUACAAUUCCCAUGUGGCAAAACAUAAUGGAAGUUAAAAUGCCAAAUCAACUCUAGGACUGACAGUAAGCAAUGUGCAGAGAGUUACACGACUACAGCUGAUUACUCUCCAGAAGCCAGAGCUUGCAUAAUGUUACCAGAAAACUUUGAUAAGGAUUUAAGUAUUCAACAAGCCCUUCAGACUACAAUUCCCAUGUUGCAAAAAAUAAUGGAAGUUAAAAUGCCAAAUCAUGAUUUUUUUUCUUUAUCAAAGCAGUUAUAUUUAUAAAACCUAUUGAUACAUGUUCAUUGAUAUUAUUAAAGGUUCUGUGUUUAGAGUUUGCUUCUGUGAUUAUACCGCUCUCUAUUAACACGCCAUCUGUUCAAUCUCUUCAAUAUGUUUUGUGUCUCCUUGCAGAUUCUUCUCACAGAGCCACCCCAUGAAUUUGAGGACAUGGAUUAUGAUCACACAUCUCCAGAUCCCGACGAUACCUCAUACAGCAUGUCCUCCGUCUCAGAAAAAAACAACCCAGACAGCGUAUAG